AUGCGCACGGGAAAUCCGAUUGUAAACCCACCUUUCUUCCUUCUCUCCGUCCCUCCACCCCCGCCCCCCGCCUCCCAAUAGCAGCCUGGCCGGAGCGGCGUCUCUGGUGCUGAUGCGCCUGUGCGCGCAAGGCAGGGAGAGGAGAGGCGACGGCAACGGGAGUGGCCAGUGGCGCAGGGCAAGCGACGUUGGGCAGAGCCGAGCCGAGCGCUGGGGAGGCGGAGGCCGAAGCGGGAGGCGCAGGAGCAGCAUCAGCAUCGCCGCCGCCGCCGCCAUCCAUCUUCUGCAAGCCGGCGGAGCAGGUGCCGCUAUCGGCGGGAGCGCCUUCUAUCCGCGGCGCGGGGCUCGUCGGUCAGCGGAGGAGGAGGAGGCGGCGGCGCCAAGAUGUUGGAGAUCCAGCUGGACGACGGCGGGGUCGGGGGCUACCCGGGCGACGACUACUGCUCGGGCUCGGUGAUGUCGGAGCGGGUGUCGGGCCUGGCCAACAGCAUCUACCGCGAGUUCGAGCGCCUCAUCCGCUGCUACGACGAGGAGGUGGUCAAGGAGCUGAUGCCGCUGGUGGUGACGGUGCUGGAGAACCUCGACUCGGUGCUGACCGACAACCAGGAGCACGAGGUGGAGCUGGAGCUCCUGCGCGAGGACAACGAGCAGCUGCUCACGCAGUACGAGCGGGAGAAGGCGCUGCGCAAGCAGGCCGAGGAGGUGAGCCCCAGAGAGAGAGGGAGACCCCUGCGGGCGACGCGCCUGCAGCGGGAGAAGGGUGGGGGUGGGGUGCGGAGAGGCCGCAGCGCCGGGCCAGGCCCAGGCGAGGAGCCAAGGGGACCCACCAAGGCCGACGCAGCCCUCCUGCUCCCGAGAAGCCUCAUAGGCAAGAGUGGUGUUGCCGUGGCCCAGAUCUGGGCAGGAGGAUGGCUUUCUGGAGCUCAGGCCCAGCUCAUGUGGAUUGUACUUGGGAUUCAUCACCUACUAAUAGUGGAUUAUUAUUAUUUUUAGUAGCAGUAGUAGUGUUACUAUUAUUCUGCAGCUGCAUGGGAUUUGUCAUCUAAGGACAGAUCCAGGACCUGCUUAGCUGCAGCAGAUUCUCCAGGAGGAUGAAAUGCUCUGUAGAGCCUUUGCUGGCCUCCUAAAAACAUGAGAAAGGGUUAGGAAUAAGCCACGGCUUGUCCUGUCUUGGCUAAAGAGCAGGGGGAAAGGAGCAAAGGAGCAGCCCACUGGUAUCUGGCAAAUGCAUUGGAGCUCUGUGGAUUAAGUUUCUUGAAAUGGGCAAGGGGACAGAGGGGGGUCCUUGUUGAUACCCAAGUUUCUUUUACUAGACUCCAGGAGACAUUUAAAAACCCAAGUCGGAAUCCGUCCAGAGUGGGAUGGGUGGAGGGAGGUGAAGCAAAGAUCCAAUGCAGUGAAGACACUGCAGGGAUACUUUCCAUGGAGUGCUGUGUGCAAAAUACUUUCCUUUGCAACCUGCCACCCAUCCCCACCAAGUAAAUUACCUACUGUUCCUCCUGAUCCCCUCCCUAAAAUAGUCUGCCCUAUUGGUUGUCCCUGUCCGGGUCCCCAUCAUCUGUCUCCCUUUUGUAUCCUAGUGCCAGUCUUCCCCAGCCUGGUGCUUUCCAUUUGUCUUUGGACUGCAGCUCCCAUCAACAUUGUUUUACCUGGGGCUGAUUGGAUUUGUAGUCCAAAACAACUGGAGGUCACCAGGUUGGGGCAAGGUGGGCCUAGGAUAGCUGCGCCCACCUGCCUUCCCUUUCCAUCAGCCCUUGGCAACCAGCCAUGUACCUCUGCCAUUCAUACACCAAUUCCUGUGCCAAGGUGAGAUAAAUCUAUCACUAGACGCCAGAAAGUCACCCUGCCGGCUUCUCCCCUGUUUUUCUGUUUUUUCUAGUUUUUAAUUCCCAGAAAUUCCGUUUGCCGUCUGGGCGAUCUCUUCCCCUCCAUCCCACCAACUAUUUGUUGGUGAAAGGAGAGGAGGGGAGGUUUGUGUGGCACACUGCUAGGCCCUGGAAGUGCCUGCCUCCGCUAUCUUUAGUUCCCGCCCUUGCAUUGUGCAAAGGGGGUGUUUGUAAAUGCCAUGGAAGUGGACCCAAAUGCCAAAGUUACUCUGCUUGUUAUUGGCUGGUGUGGCAGGACUGGAGUUGCUCUUGAUUGAUUUCUUAGUGAUUUGCUGUAGAUUUGUAAGUUCUUCUGACUCCCAGUUUUUUAACAGCAGCAACAACAGCCAGUGUGGCCUAGUGGUUAGAGUGUUGGACUAGGGCCUGGAGCACCAGGGUUCUAAUCCCCAAGUCUCACUGGGUGACCUUGAGACAGUUGCUGUCUCUCAGCUGAAGCUAUCUUGCAGGAUUAUUGUGAGAAUAAAAUGGAGAGGGGGGAGAACUGUAUACACUAAGGUUGGGGGAUUAUUAUUAUUUAGCUUGAAGGCUGCAUUGUCUUCUGGGCAACCUUCUAAGGGUCUCAUGUCAGUGGUGGGCAUGGGCAAAAAUGGGGGGAGAAGUUAAUGUAGAUUUUACCUUUGUACAGUAGCCUAGUUCCUGCACACAUGCACGCCCCCUUCUACCUUCCAUCUAGGUAAGUAAAGAAGCAAUAUCAGGCAAAUUCCAGCUAGGCAAAAAUAGAGUUGGGGUGCAAAGGGGUGUGGCCUUGGGACAAUUCUUAAUGCUAGAUAGAGAGGCCUGGAGAGCCCCAUCUGGCCUCCAGGCAUGAGGUGACCCACUCAAGUUGCACACCACCUUGAGCUCCUUGAAGGGAAAUUGGAUAUAAAUGUAAUAGUAAGUAAAAAUAAUCAAAAAAUUUUAAAAAAAUAUUUCUCUCCUUCCUCAAUUAAGAUACUGAAACAAGGCUGUAUACACUCUAUACACUGAAAGCACAGUCAAAGCACAUACUUUCCCUCAAAUAAUUCUGGGCACUGAAGUUCGUUAAGGGUUUCUGGGAAUUGUAACUCUGUGGGGGUUCUUUGAGGGAAAGAAUGUGCUUCAGAUGUGCUUUAAAGGUAUAGUGUGUACACAUCCAAAGAGAGUUUUUUUAGGUGGGAGACAAUGACUGGAUUUUUGUGUGGAAAGAAUUAUGAACUCAGUUCUGGUAUGGAAAACCAAUUCCGGGUCUUAAACAUAUGCUCAGUUUUGUCCUGGUUCUUAAUUUCUAAUUCUAAGGGUAUAUCUGCUUCUGUAGCCAAAAUGGCCACCCAUCUGUAUAUAAGAAUGCCUCUGAAGCAGCAGAAUGAGGGAAACUCUAAUGCAGGUGAGGGGAGCUUUUAAUCUUUCAGACGUUCAGCAACUACAAUUCUUAUCAGCUCCAGCAAACAUGGCCAAUGGGCCAGGGACAAUGGUCACUGUAGUUCAGCAACAGCUGGAGGGCCCAAGGUUCUCUACACCUGCCCCAAGUUUCUAGAAGUGCAAAAUAUAUUUUCGAGGGGGGAAGCCUUGAGGGAGGAGCCUCUGCCCACACAAAAGCAGCCUAAAGAAGACUGAGCAUGCUCAGUGGUCAUAGAAUGCUAAUUGACUGUGAACCCCUGGAAUCUCAAGUGGGAGUAUUCAACGCUGCAACAUUUUGUUGUGGGUUCCACUUGUUAUUUUUAGAGUGUGCUCUCCUUUAUGUUUUAAUUUGAGGAGACCCACUAGAGCUGGGAGGUCAGGAGUUUUCUAUGCCAAGGAUGCAGUCCGGCUGAAGGGUAAAUUCUCUUUGCAUCAUCAGCCUCGAAUGCCUCUUUCCCUUACAUCAAUUGUCAGGCCAUUUUUCUGGUCCCUUGGGCUGAUGCCUGGUCUUCUGGCAUCACUUCACAGUUUAAGAAGGAUGUUGACAAGCUGGAAGGUGUGCAGAGGAAGGCGACCAAGAGGAUUCUGCACUGCAGGGGGUUGGACUAAAUGACUCUUGUGUCCCUUCCAGCUACAAUUCUAUGAUUCUAUGACUAUGAUAAGGGGUCUGGAGUUCAAGUCAUAUGAAGAAUGGUUGAGGGAGUUUGUUAGGUUUAGCCUGGAGAAGAGAAGACUGAGAAGUGAUAUGAUAGGCAUCUUCAAAUUUGUGAAGGGCUGUCAUGUGGAAGAUGCAGCAAGCUUGUUUUCUCCCGCUCUGGAGGGUAGGAAUUCAACCAAUGGAUUCAAGUUUAAAUAAAGGAGAUUUUGACUAAGCAUUAGGAAGAACUUUCUGAUGGUAAGAGCUGCUGGACAACGGAAAAGACUACCUGGGAAGGUGGUGGACUCCCCCUCCCUGGAGGUUUUAAAGCAGAGGUUUGAUCAGAGAUCAGGCCAUCUGUCAGAGAUUCUUUAGCUGUGAUUCCUUUAUUGCAGGGGGUUGGACCUGAUGACCCUCAGUGUUGCUUCCAACUCUAUGAUUCUAUGGUUCUACAUGGCAGUGUGGCAAGGAACAAGAUGAGGCAGCUGUGAACUGAUGUACAAGAAGCCUGAAACAGAAUGAGAACAAAAUAAUUCUCUUUGGUAUUUAUAUAAAAGCACUUCUGUCAGUGAUGUGCUUUGCCAGCUGUUUAAUCCCAGGCAUAUUCAUACAAUUCCUUUAAUCUUAUCUAUAUUAGAAACAGCUCAUCAGAUUUCCCCUCCCCAUCCUGAGAUCCAUGGCCUUUUCAUAUUUUUAAUGGUUAUUAUCUUCCAUAGAAGGAGAGAUCAAAACUAUUAGAGUCACAAUCCAACCAAAGUUGAACUCAGUGGUUGAAUUUAUUUCUGAGAAGGCAUAGGAUUGUGCUGUUUAAAGAUUUAAUUGUUUUCAGUGGGAGAAAAAGUGGGGUUUUGUAACAGUACAACCCUAUGACUGUUUACUCAAAAGUAAGACCCGCUGUAUUCAGUGGGCCUUGCUGUUAGGCAGCUGUCCUAGAAUUGCAGUCUCUUGUGGAAAUCAGUGGGACAUAGGAUGUGCUGAAUUUUGGCUGGAUCAGGCCUGAAGGUGCUUUCAGCUUAGAGAAGAGGUGGCUAAGGAUUAACGAGUUACUACUGAGAAGUAUAGAGAAUGAAUGGAGAUAGGGGAUUCAUGUGUAGUUUCUAUCAAAUACAUUUUACGUGUCUUGAUCAGAGUUCAAUAGCCGAUUCCAGCAAGGCAAAAACACUCAGUGUGCAAAGCAGUGCCAAUGAGGGGUGUGGCUUGGGGAGAGUUCUGAGGGCCAGUUACGAGAGGCCUGGAGGGCCACAUUUGUUCCCCAGCCCUGAUGUGCCCCACGCCUGCUUUUAACUAAUGAUGGGGGCAUUCACUGUUUGCCAAAGUUGUUCCAAAUCAUUACACUGUAAAAAAUGACGAACAGGGAAAGGUCAACUCGGCUGUGGGACUGGCAUCCUGCAUUUUUGCGUACACCCAAAGUACAUGGGAAACUGUAGUCUAAUGUGGAGGUUAGCAGAGCAUGGAGUACAGUGGCCAAGUUGUCUUCUGUGUCCAAAACUGGCCAUAGCUGGCAAACUAACCAUAGCUGGAAAUAGGCACUCCUAGCUGUAGAGGCUACUUGAGUUUCCUGGGGCAAUGUCGGAUCAAGUAGGAAUCCCAAGCUAUGGACCUGUUCCCUCCAGGAGGAUGCAACCAUGUCCAAAGCUGACUACCACCAACAUAUGGUACCAGUCCAGUGUUGAAAGAUGUGCCCUGGCUACUGGUCCAGAUUCAGGGUUCUAGAACUCAGAAAUACGGAACCUCCAUCUUGUCUGCAUUCAGUUUCAAUUUGUUGGUCCACGUCCAAAGUUGAAGCUCCCAGAGCGAAGGGGUUUUUUUUGGCAGUCUUACAUUUUAGCUAUUGGAAGGGAAAACCUCCACAAUUUCCAGUUCCUAAGUAGCAUCAAAUUGAUUAGGCAUGCAGGUGGCUAAGCCCUCAUGAUUUUUCCAUCUUUGGAUACUUAACGUAUAGCGGUAUCACAAAGUUUGUGGCUGCUUUGAAGGUGCUCUUUGUAUGAGGUUAACCUUGCAUUGUCAUUCUCCAACUGAUGCCAAACUAUAGUUGGUGGACACAUUGCUCUUACUCUUUUUUUUUUUACAGUACAGUGGUACCUCGAGUUAAGAACUUAAUUCAUUCUGGAGGUCCGUUCUUAACCUGAAACUGUUCUUAACCUGAGGUACCACUUUAGCUAAUGGGGCCUCCCACUGCCGCUGCGUGAUUUCUGUUCUCAUCCUGAAGCAAAGUUCUUAACCCGAGGUACUAUUUCUGGGUUAGCGGAGUUUGUAUCCUGAAGCAUCUGUAACCUGAAGCGUCUGUAACCCGAGGUACCACUGUAUUUAUUGUAGUGAUUUUGAAGCUUUCCAAAUGUGGAAAAUCUUGAAUCAGACCCUGAGAAAUACCAAUUUCACAAGAGACAGAAGUGUAUGCAGGGUUUUUUAAAAAACAUGCUUCCCUACCUGCAGUCUUUGAUUGGUCUUUGGAGAAAAGAUGAUGGAGGGCACAGACUUGGUUUGCACAUCACUUUAAACCAGGGGUGAGCAAGCUUUCUUCAGCUUCGCAUUCUAGGGGCCAUAUGCCAGAAGCAAAAGUGGGUGAAGCAACGGAUGUCAGUUUACUUACACAUCUCUCUGGAAGCCAGAAGCAUAAUAAGAUUUCAAGGUCAAAUUCAAAACUCUCAAUGAGGGUGUAAAUCUGGGCUGGUGAAAGGUGUGGCUGUGGAGAGCAUGUGGUCUAGGGAGAGUCCUGAGGGCCAGAGAGAGAGUCCUGAGGGCCACAUCCCAUCACCAGACCUGAGGUGCCCCAUCCCUACUUUAAAAAUAUAAUUUGGCUUAACUAUGGUUUGAAAGUGUACUGGUGCACAGGGCUAAAAUUGCUGGCCCUUAAAUCCUUACUCACUGCAGACCCAGUCUUGUGUUUUUUGUCUCUCCAAAAAAAGCCACAAGCAGUAAUCCAAGAACAAGCCUUGGCUACAGCUUGUGGUUUGUUUGGAGAGGAACAAACCAUGAACCUGGAUUAGGAUGAAACAUUAAACCAAAUAAUGACUUAUCUCAGCAGGAGCAGGGGAGGAGAGCAGCACCCGUUAUUUUCUCCCUGAGUACCAGAGCACUGCACAUUCACCAUUAAACCAUAGUUAGGUUUAAUAUACACAUACAGACCUUUUAGAUGUUUACAAGUGGAAACUUCAACGAAAUAUUAUGGUGAGUAUGAAAUACUCCCGUUUACGGUAGCAGGCAGCCGUGUCCAUUUCCAGGCUACUCCAUUCCAUUUCUCUUUCUGGUUUUUAUUCCACCCCCAUUUACAGGCACUUGCUGUUGUGUGGACACUUGGAAUGGUCAGCCUUCUUUGAACUGUUUUUGGGGUCCCCCAUUGUGGUGGGGGCAUCAAACCCUGAAAGAUGCGAAGGGACUUUUUCUGAUUAAUCACAGUUUGAUUGUCUCAUAUCUCAGGUUCUACAAAUGCUAGAAACUUAACCUUUUUUAAAAAAAAUGAAAGCUGAGGAUUAUGGUUUAUCAUGGGGGUGGCAGUCCUUGCUGCAUCCCUGCUGGACUCCCAUGAGGAGAACAUACGUUAUUUUUACCAUAAUAGAAUUGUUUAUAAUUGGAAAUGGCUUUUGGAGGAAGAUGUACUGUUGUACUGACAUGCAGUAGUUAUUCAUAUGAUAUCUUAAAAGUAGGGAGUGGGUGGGAUUUUUUAAAAUUAGUUUUCCUGGCAAGAAAGGAAGAGCUUUAGAGCUCCAUGAUUUUACUGCAUAUGUCUGUGAGGCCUUUAUGGAAAUCAAUGUGAGGUCAAGCAGUUGAUGAAGCUUUAUGGAGUUGUUACGCUUGCUGAUUUAGAAGUACAGAAGAGAAAGCUAAAUAAGACCAAGGGAGUCCAUUAAUGCGUUCUGUGUCUGAGUUAACAUCUUUUGCAUCCUCGGGGCAGUAGCAUUCACUUCAGAUUUUUGUUCUGAGGAUUUUUUUAAAGAGUUCUUCACAUUUAUAACCCACCUUUCCCCAUAGCAAAACUAAUGAAGAGCUCUGAGGGCUAAUUCUUGCAGCCAUCCAUGCAUGGUGAGGUAUCUUUUUUAAUAAAAGGAAUAAUUUUUAUUAAAGGUUUUCUUGGUUUACAAAAGUACGUGCAUUCUCUCUUUUCUCAGGUUGUGGGGUCUUUUCUACAGAUCAGUUACAUUUGAUUUGAGACAUUAGUGUUGUAAGCAAUAUCUUUUCUAUUGGUUCACCCUGCACAGACUCCACCAUGAUUUGUACAUAGUGCUUGGUGAACGAGUGGGACAUAUUGGAGUGGUUGGGUGAAUGGUGGAUGUUUGUGUAUAUGGGUGAAUGUGUGGGAGCAGAAUGGGGGUGGGUGACAUUGGCUGAAUACUAUUGUAUGUUUUGUGUAGGCAGACUUUGGGUGUGAUGUAGUAUUUUGAGAGUCACUGGCUGUGUACAUUUAAAAUACAUGCACACACAACAGUCCUGGGAACUGUAAUUCCCCUGUCACCGAGCUACAGUUUCCAGCACCCUUAACAAAUUGUUGUUCGUAGGAUUCUUGGGCGGGGGGAACUUGCUUUAAAUGGAUGGUUUAUAUGCAUCCAGGAUGUACCUUGGCAAAAGAGAGGCUGAAGAGGGAAAGAUCCCUGUCUCUAAACAUGUUUCAAAAUGUGCUGCUAAGUUUUUUGUUUUUAUUUUGGAUUUUUUUAUUUAUGUUCAGAAUGCAGGUGGCUGAUUGCAUGGAAAGCUAGUGUGUUGUUGUUUUGGGGUUAUAUAGGAAGAUAGGACACUACCUUGCACCAGGUCAGAGCAGGUGCCAAUUUAGCAGAGUGUUGCCUAUUCUGAUUGCAAGCAACUCUCCAGGGUCUCUGGCAGAAGUCCUUCCCAUUACCUUUUGCCUGGUCCUUCUAAACUGGAGGUGCCAGAGAUUGAACCCAGGAUCUCCUCCACGUUAUGCAUGUGCCAUCCCAAUGAGCUGUGGUGCCUCCCCACAGGACCUCCCUCUAAUCUAGCUGUUUCCCCUAUGUAUGGUUCCAGUGUGAUCAGCUUCAUGCACUGUCCGUUUUUGUACAUGACACACAAUAGACCCUUAUGAAGAAGAUGCUCUCGCUGCCCGUAAAUAUCGCAAUGCAUCGAGCAAUUCCUGCUUGCUUCUAAAUUAUUUAUUUGCACUUCAUUCUGCUUGCCAAGAUGGCAUUUGUUGGUUUUCGUUUCUGUGCUUUGCCUUACAUGUUCACAGGGAUAGUACUCUCAGCAGUUUUUUGUUUGGCUUGGGUUGUAAAAUUGUUGCUUUUUACUAUGAAGGCUCUCCUGUGCAAGAGGGCAAAACCGAAACCUAUUCACACAUGAACACAUACACAAAUGUCACUGAUCUGUUCUGGUUGCUCAGCAGUCACUAAGGCUUGAACUAUUUCUUACCAAAGUGUUAAAAGCUCAUAACUUAAGUUUUCAAUCCAACUGGGUUAAAAAUCACUUACAGUGGUAUCUCGGGUUAACAACUUAAUUCGUUCUGGAGGUCCAUUCUUAACCUGAAACUGUUCUUAACCUGAAGCACCACUUUAGCUAAUGGGUUCUGCUGCUGCUGCCACGCUGCCGCUGCGUGAUUUCUGUUCUUAUCCUGAAGCAAAGUUCGUAACCUGAGGUACUAUUUCUGGGUUAGCGGAGUCUGUAACCUGAAGCGUCUGUAACCCGAGGUACCACUGUACUUAACUUUUGAAAGGAUAAAAUACGUAGGGUAAAGGAAUCAUAGAAUCAUAGAAUCAUAGAGUUGGAAGAGACCACAAGGGCCAUCGAGUCCAACCCCCUGCCAAGCAGGAAACACCAUCAGAGCACUCCUGACAUAUGGUUGUCAAGCCUCUGCUUAAAGACCUCCAAAGAAGGAGACUCCACCACACUCCUUGGCAGCAAAUUCCAUUGUCGAACAGCUCUUACUGUCAGGAAGUUCUUCCUAAUGUUUAGGUGGAAUCUUCUUUCUUGUAGUUUGUAUCCAUUGCUCCGUGUCCGCUUCUCUGGAGCAGCAGAAAACAACCUUUCUCCCUCCUCUAUGUGACAUCCUUUUAUAUAUUUGAACAUGGCUAUCAUAUCACCCCUUAACCUCCUCUUCUCCAGGCUAAACAUGCCCAGCUCCCUUAGCCGUUCCUCAUAAGGCAUCGUUUCCAGGCAUAAAUGUCUCUUAUAAACAUUAACAUACUGGGUGGCCAGAUAAACAAAUUGGCCCUAGAGCUUCUGCUUAUUAGGGCUGCCAACCCAUGCAAGUUGCAUUUUAAUCAUGAUAACAUGAUGGUGAACCAGCGGUUGUAAAUUGCACCUUUGUACAUUUGGCUGGUUUCUGCACACACUUGCACACCCUCUCCAUCCUAUGUCUGGGCAACCCAGAGGCAAUGCCAGAUUUUAAGCCAAAAACUCUUAAGGGAAGUGUAAUGCUGGGCUGGUGAGAGGUGUUGUCUGUGGAGAAUUCUGAGGGCCAGGGACUUUCCAUUUGGCCCCUACCCUUAUAAACCAUAAUUUCUGGUGGGGAAACAAACCACAGAGUGACAGGCUUAGCAUUGUGGCCUUAUGUUUAGAUUUGCUGCAAACAAGCCGUUGAUCUGAAUCCAAGGUUUAUUGUUUUGUUUAGAAACAAACCACGAGUGCUGGUGCAGACAUAAAACUGUUCCACUCUGUGGUUUGUUUCUGUGGUUUGCUGAAGAAAAGGAGGAGCAGAGUGGAUGUGUUUGAGCUUGCGCACAGACUUAUUGAGCACCUUUCUGACUGCUGCAGGGAGCUGCGCAAGGCCCCAUAUCUACUAUGAAGGACCUACUGGUAGAUUACGAAUGGGGCCCCCUGUAGCCUUCCUGUCACUGUGGGACUCCCAAUUCCCAUCAUCGCCAGCCAAUGUGGUCAGUGGUUAAGGAUUAUGGGAGCUGUAGCCCAACAACAUAUGAAGGGUCACAGGCCCUAGAUCUGCUAGUCACCUUUGGAAGCUCAAAUGGCUGUGGGAGAACCUGGUUUGGCCCAAGAGAUUUUGCCUGAGGGGAACAGCAAAUGACUCCCACGGCGCUUCCAUGUUCAAGACAGACCAAGUUAGGCCCCAUCUGCAUUAUACAUUUCAGGAAGUAUCAUACCACUUGUAACAGUCAUGGCUUCACCAAAAUAAUCCUGGGAACUGUAGUUUGCUAAGGGUCCUGAGAGUUGUUAGGAGAGUCUUACUCCCCUCACAUGAGCUAUAGUUCCCAGAGCUACCUGGGAGGAGAGCUUGGUUGUUAAUCCACACUGGGUUAUAAUCACAAACUGAUGUGGAAAUGUAACAAACUAAAUUUUAGACUGGAAAGUGAAAGAAACUGAAAUUGACAACUUUGCCUAAUGGUAGGGCUGGCCCUGAUAGCCUCUCUUUAUUACAUAUUGGAAUGAUAAUUUCUUUUAAUACGGAACUGCAUGUCCACCCCCCCUUAUUUUUAAAUUGUAAUUAUAUUGUUUAGUUUUCGGAGGAGGAGGAUGCUUAAUAAUACAGUAUCAUUGUAUUUCUCCUCCUAAGCCUCUCCUUGCUAUAACACCUCUGAGGACCAGUUCAAACAUUCAUUCGCUCAAGUGACACCAGUCCUCUCACAAGACAGCACCACUUCAGUUUUCACAUGGUCAGAUGUUUAGGUGGAAGUGUCCUUGUGUGUGACACAUCAGAGAAGACACCCCUUCAAUCCUGUCACAGUGUCCAUUUGAUAGCUGUAAUUUUCCACUUACAUAUAUCACGUUCUUCUGUUUGAUUUUUUUUUGGCCCAUGUAGAAGUUCAUUGAAUUUGAAGAUGCACUGGAACAGGAGAAGAAGGAAUUGCAGAUACAGGUUGAGCACCUUGAAUUUCAAACACGGCAGCUGGAGUUAAAGGCCAAAAACUACGCAGACCAGAGUAAGUGAAAAUCAUGUGCACGGUUUGUCUUAAGCUCUGUGAAUCAUACACAAGUUGUGUUGAAUUCAAUAGGGGUUUGUCCAUACUGAUUGAACAAAUGCAAUGGUGAGGAACCUGUGGUUCUCCAGAUGACAUUGGACACCAGCUCCCAUCAGCACCAGCCAGUCUUGCCAAAGGGCAGGGAUGAUGGGAGUUGUAGUCCAACAGUACAUGGAGGGCUACAGGUUACAAAUCUCUUCUAAAGCAUUUACUGUUUUAAAAAAAUCUUCUAGGUGACCACAAAAUAUCUGGAGAAUUGAGGGAAGAGGGAGCCAGUAUUGCUUUUGCCAUUCUAUGUUCAUACACAUACACACAUACCUGCCUGAGCCAGUAAAAUGGAUCAUCUUGAAAUUGCUUAUUUUUUCACAGGGCUUAUUUUAACCACCACUAUCAAGUCACAGAUCACACCAGUCUUUGUUGACUGAACCAUAAAGUUCAUGGAUCCAGUGCUUUACAGCACUGCCAUGGGAGAAAAGUACAGAUUAAAGGCAUGGAUACUUAUGGAUUCUCAUAUUUUUUCAAGAGAUCCCCCUCAAAACCACCAUCAAAUCAUAGUCUGCGUCGGUGUUUGCAGAUGUGCUGUGUGAUCUGUUGGUGCUGUUGUUGUCAUCUUUGUGAAGAACCACGAGGAUCUAUACCUUGGAUUAUCAUUUCUAUGGCAAAUCCUGAAGUGCAGUUUUUUAGUGUGUAGUCCUACCAACGCAAGCUCUAAUUUGAUGGUGGUUUUUUGGGGAACCUGCAUAUAAUCAUGCGACUUCAACAGGAUCAGCUUCAGUCCUACUGAACCCUAUGGAAAGCCAGAGACAGAGCUUGUCCAUUCUUGGAUCUAGGAGAGACGCAGUCAGAAAGGGUGGUGCCUAAGACAAAAGGUUGCUGACUGAUGAUCUAUACUAUCCAGGGUUUCAGACUGAAGGCCCUUAGCUUAGAGGAAAGGAACAAGCUCUGCAUGCAAAAGACCCUGGAUUCCAUCCCUCCUGUCUACAGUUGGAAAGGACUCCUGUCUAAAACACUGGACCGUUGCUGCCAGUCAGUGUUGGUUAUACUGAGCUUGAUGAACUAAUGGCCUGACUCCAUGAAAUAGCUUCCUAGCUUGGGUCUUUCCUAGACCUACCUAGAGGUGCCAGUGAUUCAGCUGGGUACCUUCAGCCUCUCACGCCUCGGCCAUAAGCACUGAGCUACAAAUUACAUUCUUGUACUUGCACCCUCAUUCCUUUUGGUGUUUCCACGUUCAUCCCUCCUGGAGAUGAUAGAUCAAAAAAGUUAUCUUUCUCUCCCUUCUCCCUUCUAUUUUCAAUGAACAGUUUCCAGGUUGGAAGAGCGUGAAUCAGAAAUGAAGAAAGAGUACAAUGCUCUUCACCAGCGUCACACAGAGGUAAGUCGUCAUUUCAGAGGGAUAAAAAUCCUUUUCAAACUAUUUGCAUAAGAAGUGGAGAAGGGCACAGAUAGAAGAAGAGAGCACUGCAAGCCUGUAAUGCUGUAAAUUCUGCUCACUCUUGACUCUGGUGCUCAGUUAACUUCUGCUUUGGGCCGGCUGCUUUUCCUAGAGCAAAUGUUUCCCACAACAUUGCUGGCUGUUCCGAUCUUUAAGGACAUCCCUUUCUUUGAAAGAAAUGGUGGUCCAGAAAAUAAAAUGUUGGGAUGUUCAGUCUUCAUUUUGGCCCUUCAUUUUGCAUUUCCCCGCUCCUUUCGCAGAUGAUCCAGACCUACGUGGAACACAUUGAGCGAUCCAAGAUGCAGCAAGUUGCUGGAAAUAGUCAGAAUGAGAGUGGACUACCUGGAAGGAGGUAAUGCUGCACCUUGGCUUUGUACCUGGAAAACAAAACAAAACAAAACAAAACUCAGAUGACUUCUGAACUGUGAAUAUAUGUUUUAGGAGGAAGGCACUGACCCAGACUCCUGUGCUCUCUGAGUGACCAAAAGUAGCAGUAGCUGAUCUCUUUUAUGGCUGGUGUCCCUAAGUUUGAUUGCAAACCAUUCUUCUUCUUUAAUAAUAAUAAUAAUAAAAUCCACUCUUCACCCUGAGGUCCCAGAGUGGGUUACAAUAAAUAAAAUGCAAUAUUAAAAACAGUUUAAAAUAACUUAAAAUCACAGAAAUAAGGUGAGUCCUAAACAUGGGUCCUGGGAACAGCCAAUGAAUCAGUCUGCUGCUUUGAUCCUCAGCUAGCUCCGAGCGUGCUGGAUGUGAUAGGAGCAAUUCAGGAGAAGAAUGGGAGUUAGGUGACAAACUGGAUCUGAGGUCCCAGGGCUUUAUCAAAAAGUGGUGAAGGGAGGGUGUUGUUUGAAGCAGAAGGAGUUGUUAGGGGAGUGCUGAACCCUUCCCCCGAGCUGUGGUUUUUCCCUCCCCAACAACCUUCAUAUUCCCCCCCCCCCACACAAGAUAACACACAGGGGGCUAGAGCUUCCUCAUCUCUGUCUUAUGCAGUUGUGUUCAACCUUGGGUCUCCAUAUGUUCUUGGACUACAACUCCCCUCCUCAGCCAGUGUAGCCAACAUUCAGGGUUGAUGGGAGCUGUAGUCCAAUAACCUCUGGGGACCACUUUAAUAGACAAAUAAGGGAGAGAUCUGUGAUUGGGGUGUGCGUUUGUGUCUCUUGCAUUUUGUUUGUUUACCGACCAACUAUUUGCUGAGAUAAGUGAAACAAUGGCAACACCAGUUUCUUGCUCUGUAUUAGACAAGUUAUCCAUCUUUUUAAAGCCCCUUUGGGCACUGGUGGGUGGCUUGCUUCCUUGGAAGAGAGAAGACUAUGCCUUGGAGUCUCCCUUAACCAGCUUUCCAGAGUCAAGGAGGCUUUUCCUUCAUUCCAGGCUGCGCUUUGUACACACAUGGCUCAAGAGCUGCAAACCUGCUUCACCAUAAACCUUCCCCCUGCUUGCUCUCCAUAUGGCUUUUGUGUCUCCAUCUGCUUAGCCUCUUAGGCCCCAUCUGCACUAUGAUACCACUUUAAACAAUCAUGGCAUCCCUCAAGGAGUCCUGGGAACUGUGGCUUGCUAGGAGAGCUGAGAGUUGUUCGGGCACCCCAUUCCCCUCACAGAGCUGCAAUUCCCAGAGAUUCCUGGGAAGGGGAAUUAAUUGUUAACUCAUUAUUGGGACUCUGUGAGGGGAAUAGGAGUCUUCUAACAACUCUCAGCACGCUACAGUUCCCAAUGGGGCCUUAGAGAGGUAAGAACAUGUUGUAGACUUCAUGUGUGUUUGUGAUGCAGUGUGCCUUGCCGCUCUCUAGAUUGUUUUUGUGUAUUGUUGCGCUUUUGUAUGCCUUUGGACGUCUUGUUUUCAGCUCCACCUCCAGCUCUCAACUCAGAGCUGGUGAGAGAACCAGGAGAUUCUCUCCCUACCUUAGAGGUGUGGCAGGGAGGCUAUGGCAAUUACAGUUUGGGGGAGGUUGUCAGCAGGACAAUCCAACAUUCACUAACCCUGCUUAAAGACCUUCACAGCUUGGAAGGGUGUGAGCAUUCUACAGAUGGGGAGCUACAUCUGCAAAGGCCCUCUCCCUCUCUUGCCACCCUCCAAACCUCCCUCACUGGACUGUAUGUAUCACCAUUGUGUGUUCCAGACCCACUGCAUGUUCGUUAGGUUGGGUGUUUUAUGUGUGCCAAUGUCUCAAUCUCUGCUCAGGCGAGCAUUUCUGUGAGCACAUAACGACAUAUGUGUGUGUGUGUGUGUGCUUGCAUGACUGUUGCACUCUAAUGGUUAUUCUCUUGUCUUGCUUCUUGUGCCGUUGCCUUUCUUGUGUGGGCUGCUCUCUGUUUGUCACUUCAGUCACCGCCAGUCAUGGAGGAAAAGGUAAUUUGAGAGAAUCUGUAUCUGUUGGGUUGGGAAGUCUUUCUUUGCGGGGGACUAGCUGUGACCAUUAACAGCGCUUUUGCUGUUUUGUGUUGAUGUGAGACAAGCUGGUGAGUCGAGGCAGGACAGCCUAUUUCCCUAGGCUCUAAAGAGGCAGACGAAAUGGUCUCAGGUCACACCAACAUAUGUUUGACGAAGAACAGGGUCCAUCAUUUGAACUGGGCAUCGCUGCAGCACCUGAUAUCCUCACACAGCAACCAGGGCACACCUGCACCAUACAUUUAAAGCCGUAUUAUACCGUUUUAAUAAUCGUGGCUGCCCUCAAAGAAUCUUGGGAAUUGCACUUUGCUAAAAGUGCUGAGAGUUGUUAGGAGACACCCCUAUUCAUGCCACAGAGGUAUAAUUUCCAGAGUUUCUUAGCAAUUACUCUCUCUCGGGGAAUCCUGGGAAUUGUAGCCUUGUGGGGGGAAUAGGGGUCUCCUAACAACUCUCAGCACCCUUAAAAAAACCUACAAUUCCUAGGAUGUUUUGAGAAAAACCAUGACUGUUAAAGUGGUAUCAUUGUGCUUUAAAUAUAUAAUGCAGAUAUGGCCUAGGAUUCCACUGCUGUAGUAGGGCCUACUGAAACCUUUGGCUUUCUGUCCUUCCUACUGCCUGAGGCCUGGGAUUACAGAGUGGUAGCAGAAGGCAGCUGGGAAGCUGCAAUUUAAAAAGGCCCAUAAUGCCCCAGGGCAGCUCUCUGUCAGGGCAUUGUGGGUAAUUGCAAUGAAGAGCAGUUCAUAGCUGCCCGCUGCAGAGUGCAGUGUUGCCAAGCUGUUUGCCACUGCCUACAAGCUCACUUGGUGGGGCUGGGGUGUACUGGGGCCAUGGAGGCUACUUUCCUAUGGUGCCCUCACACUUGGCGCUGGCACUAGUUCGAAUCCUGACAGAGGUCACUGCAACGGGUAGACUUGCGGUGCAUCUAGGAAGAGCUAAGUGUCCUUGGAGCAGAGGUGGGCCACCUUUCCCCCCUGAGGGCCACCUGUAGUCUGUGGGUGUAGUGGAGGAGGAAAGCAUUUGACAGGUAGGUUGCUUCUAACAGUCUUAGCUUUUGUCAGGCGUUCAAGCCUAAAGUUAGAGAUCACUUCAAAGACAGGAAACUGCAAGCAAGCUGGAGUCAAACUUCAGACAGAUCCAGGAAGUUCACAGGCCUAAAAGCCUUUGUAACUUGUCCCGGGCAAUGGAUUGGCCUUUCACUGUCACCUGACAUCCCUGGCCAUGAAGAUUAUGGGCUUUUUAUGUGAGCCUGUUGGCAAGAAUUAUGCCCACAGCACCCCAUUCAGCAGUUCAGCAGUUAAGAGGACCUAACAAUAGGCUAUCUCAUAUCAAAACCAGCGGCGAAAGAAGUGAUAAAGCUUUAACAAAAUUGAACUGCAGGUGGCACUGUGGUCUAAACCACUGAGCCUAGGGCUUGCUGAUCAGAAGGUUAGUGGUUCAAAUCCCCACGACGGGGUGAGCUCCCAUUGCUCGGUCCCUGCUGCUGCCAACCUAGCAGUUCAAAAGCACGUCAAAGUGCAAGUAGAUAAAUAGGUACCGCUCUGGCAGGAAGAUAAAUGCCAUUUCUGUGCGCUGCUCUGGUUCACCAGAAGCGGCUUAGUCAUGCUGGCCACAUGACCCAGAAGCUGUCUCCGGACAAAUGCCAGCUCCCUCGGCCUAUAGAGCAAGAUGAGCGCCACAACCCCGGAGUCGUCCGCGACUGGACCUAACGGUCAGGGGUCCCUUUACCUUUACCUACAUCCUUUAGUGAAGCCUGGCCAAGCAAGUUAUAUCACUAUACACAAAUGCUGCUAAGAUCACCAAAUAAAAGCCCCUCUUUUGUCGGAGACACAUGUACCUGGCUCUCACUGGGACCCUCAUUAUAGCAUCAAAAGAGUUGCUUCCCUCCCAGGAUAAAUAGUACAUUCAGAGGUGGGUUUUGGUUGGCACUGGGUGAUGUCAAAGCCUUCUCCACCCAUGUCGUAGUCCCAGUCCAGAAUCACUGCUCCCCACCAAGCAAAAACGACUUGCUUUUUAAAAACACAGAGGCAAAUGCAAAGAUUCAUAUAAGGUAAUGUGUGGCCUUAUCCAUUAUUCUUUUCCUGGAAACUACUGGCAAUCAGUUUCCUUGACUGAUCCCAAUUUAUCUGAGUGGGGGUGGGGGAGAAAUCCCUCCCACUACUCAAGUGUUGGAUGCCCCAGCACAGAAAUUCAUGUCUUCAAGCGAGAAAAUAUCCUGUUGGGCAAUUUUGUCACCAUUUCCCCACCCCCAUGCCCACCUACAAUAAAAUUUGUUUGUCUUGACACACACACACCCGUUUGCUGGUUUAACUUCUCACCCUCAAAGGAGUUUGAGCAUGUUUCACCAGCCCUUGCGUUCACUGCCUUUGCUCUUCGGAUUUCCGGGGGUUUUGAGUUCCAUUACAGCAGUUUCACACAAGGUCACAAGCAGAUUGCUCGUAACUGCCUCUCAGCUGGAUCCCUGGGGAAAUGGUUUUCUGUGUUCAGCAGAAGCGGUGAUCCAUACCAGGAACAGCAGGGAAAAGGCUUGAGGCUUUGCUGCAGCACCAGCUUUGGCAUAAGCUCAGAGAAGCUCAAGUGCAGUUAAGGCUGCCAGUCUAUAGAGUGUUGCAUGAAACUCCACCUCCGCUGCCUGCUCAAUUCAUGCUGGAAGAAAAGUGUUUUGUAAGUUCAAAGGUGCCCUACUCCCCUUGCCAACAUAGAGGUUCUAGGCUGAGCAAGGGGAACCUAUGGCAUGAGGUUGGAGUUUUCUUCCCAUCAGCUCCAGCCACCAUGGCCAACAGUCAGGGAUGCAUUUUAAUUUUAAUUUUAAUUUAUUCAAAGUUAUAUACUGAUUGAAAUUAUCAGUAAAAGCAGCAAAAAACCAAACCAAACAUCCAACCAACCAACCAACCAACCAACAAACCAACAAACAAAAAACUUAUGAGACUGUAGUGACAGCAAUGGAUCUAGGAUCACCACUAAACUAAACACCUAAUCCUUCAGAGGAAGUGCAGUUCCAUUUAGGACAGGUACCCAGCCCAAUUCUUGGGGUUGAUGUGUGAAUCCUGUGCGGAAAGGUUUAAAAUUCCACACCAGGAAAUACAGAAUUUUGUGAGUAGUACAAACCACGCAGAUUUGCAUUAUGUGUCUCUGUUUUUCAUAAAUUAUUCCACAGUUUUAUUCAUUCAUUUGCCUUUUUGUAUAAUCAGAUCUGGUUUGACUUCAGAAGGAUUGUUGCUCACUGGUGCAGAGCACACACUUUGCAUGCCAAUGACCCAUAAUUCAGUCUCUGGUAUCUUCAGGUAGAGCCAGGAAAUACUCUUUCCUGAGACCCAGGAGAGCUGCUGCCCAUCAGCAUAGACCAGGGAUAGCCAACAUGGCGGCCUCCAGGUGUUGCUGUACUACAACUCCCAUAAUCCCUGGCCAUGCUAGUUGGAGCGGAUGGGAAGUUCCACAACAUCUGGAGGGCACAAUGUUGGUUACCCCGGUGUAGACAGUGUUGACCUAGGUGGACUAUUAUUCUGCUUUGGUAUAAGGCAGCUUCCUAUCCACUAUUCAUGGAACUAUGCAGGUGCCAAUGCCCCCAACUGCUGCAAAAUGUAUGCCGCCACCCCACUGGCUUCAGAGAUUUCAGCAGGUACAUACACUUUUAAGCAUAUUUUCACACCCAGAUGUCUGGAAACUUGGUGUCUGUUUUUUAAAAGGACUUUCCACUUCUUGGGCAGUUGAAUCUUAUGGGAAUGUUAAUGGGUUGUCCUUGGGAUACUUGGCCCACUGUUAACUAUGAUGGGUUUGUUUUGCUGCUUUCUCCACGUCAAGGAUCUGCUGGUUUCCUAACUCUUUCCCAUGCUCUCUCUUUCUCUCCUUGUCUCUCUCUGACUUUCCUUUUCUGUCUCUAGCAUGAAGAGGCGUCCCAAUUCUCUGAACAUCCCCCUCACAGAUGACAUGGUACGUGGGCAGGUGGGCGCCAAGAUCGCCCCCGCAGUGGACCACUGGCAUCUGAGUGACCUCGGCCAGCUGCAGUCCAACUCCGGCUACAAGGUUUUUCUAACACCAUCAUGGAAGCGAGGGCAUCCUUGCCUACUUGUCAGCAGCACCUCCAUCAGGACAGAGAGACCUCUGUGUGUCUGUAACCCUUUGCAGCUCAUAGCCAUUUCUUUACUGAUGCUUUGCUCAGCUAAACUCCUGUGUGUGAUGAGUGUUCUUAUCCUAAAGGUGUUUUUUUUUGUUUUUUGGUUUUUUUUGCCUGGGACAGCAGUAUUUUAACAUUCGCCCAUCAGCUAGCAUACACUCAAGGUGCUUCCAUCAGGACAAUUUAUUAUGGACUCGAUGUUGCCCCUGCUCAGAAUUUCUUUUUGCAGUCUCCAUGUUGUCCUAAAAAUACUACCCCGUGCUUUUUCUUCAUAUAAUCAUAUAACCCAGAUUUACUCUCACCCCACAGAAAAUCCAAUUUUAAAAACCCCAUUCUAUGUCUGCAGUUAUUGGUGUGCCCGCUCAAUGGCAUAAAUUGUUUGGUGGGUGGUUUGUUACAUGCAUGGCAAUGCAUAAAUGGCUUCCCUCAAAAAUCAUAUCAGAAGUCCCCUAUUUCUGACAUAGAGCUCCAGUUUCCAUGGUUCCCCAGGAAGAUGGACUGAUUAUUAAACUACUCUGGAAUUGUAGCUCUGUAAGGGGGAAUGGGGGACGUGGGUGGCGCUGUGGGUUAAACCGCAGAGCCUAGGGCUUGCUGAUCAGAAGGUCGGCGGUUCGAAUCCCCACGACGGGGUGAGCUCCCGUUGCUCGGUCCCUGCUCCUGCCAACCUAGCAGUUCAAAAGCACAAAAUGCAAGUAGAUGAAUAGGUACCGCUCCAGCGGGAAGGUAAACAGCAUUUCCGUGUGCUGCUCUGGUUCGCCAGAAGCGGCUUAGUCUUGCUGGCCACAUGACCUGGAAGCUGUACGCCAGCUCCCUCGGCCAGUAAAGCGAGAUGAGCUCCGCAACCCCAGAGCCGUCCGCGACUGGACCUAAUGGUCAGAGGUCCCUUUACCUUUACCCUUAAGGGGGAAUGGAGUCUCCUAACAACUCUCAGCACCUUUAACAAACUACAGUUCCUAGGAUGCUUUAUUGGGAAGCCAUGUAAUGUUUAGUCUAAAUCCCUUUUUUUGUAACUUCUUUUAAUCCUGACCUGGAUUUCCUCUCCUCUCUGCCGCUGCCUUUUGCUAAGAAGGAGAUACGCUAUGCCCUGUGCCUUUAAACCAUUCAUAGCUUCCUGCCCCACAACAAAAAAAAAGUUCCCUGAAGUUGGAAAUGCAGUAUGCUCACAUACCUGGUAACAAGGCUUUGUUGGGGUUGCCAUAUUUCUCCUCCCAAAAUAGUGAUUUUGAGGUUUUGGAGCUGUUUCCACUGCUUUGUUCAUUGGGUUGCCAUACAUCCAGGUUUUUGCAGACAUUUUGACAGUUUGGCUAAACCCCCCCUCCAUUUUUACACCCGAAAACCAGCACAUCAGGAAUUUUCCUGACAUAUGGCAAGCCUAUGCUUUGUUCUCUAGUUGGCAAGGUGCAAACAAAAUAUCAUCUCGGUGUUGUGCAAACAACAUCUGGCACUAAUAAAACCAUUAGGGAAAUGAAUGUAUUGUUAGUAGAGAAUGCACCACUGUCAAAUUACAUUACUCUGGUUUUUUAGUCUUUGGUGGUCCCUUUGUGAUAGGAUUUCUGCUGCUAGCUUGUUCUUGUUACACACCUGAAAACAAUUGGUAUCCAAGACCACAUAGGCUACGUGAAGCUCGCCAGCACAGUAUAUACAGGACUUGAAAUUCUGCUGCUCAUUAAAGCAUGCCAUCCUUGCCUUUAAGAAUGUAUGGCUGCAAAGGGUUAAGUGGCCAUCUUUUCACAGUCUCCAUUGUCAUUUUGCUGCGCUCUGUAUGUGUGUAUGUGCGUGCAUGUGUCAGCUGUGGAAGUAUAGCUGGGUUUGCAGUAAGGGAAUCCUUCUAGACUAAUGUUAACAAGAUCACCCCUGGCCUUGAAGAAAUCACCAUUCUCUAAAUUGCCUGAAUGAAAGCUAAGAGUUCAGUGGUGCUUCUUGUGUUCUUACUUAAGUGGCAGGGAUUUGGUGUAGAAGUCAGAAGUGCCUCUAGAAAAGAGGGUCCCCUUUCCUCCAGGGCUAGUCCAUUGCUGGCACUGGUCCCAUAGUGGUUCCUAUCAGCCGUGAAGAUAGCUGGAGGAUGACUCCACGUGGCUCCUGCAGUGGCCAAAUAUGGUCCUCAUCCAGUCUCCUAAAAACGAACUAUGUACUGUGGUCCUAGAACAUCAAUGGGGAACCUGUGGCCCUUCAGAUGUUUGGGUGAAAUACGUAUGGUUUUGUGUAAAUGUGUGUCUUUGUUUCAGUUGCACUGCUUUUCAGAUGUUCGUAUGUGCUCUUGUUUUUAAAAGUCCUGUCACUAGUGACGGUCCCUUGACUGGAUCCUUUGGCUUGUUUUCUUCUGUAAUUUGCCCCUAAACAAUGAGUCCAGCAUUUGGUCAUAAUUAUGAACCUUGCCACUUUGGGGCAACAACUGCCAGUGUGGUCUAGUGAGUAGAGAGCCUUGGUGCCUUCUGACUGCGUGGUUGACUGUUCCUUAUAUAAUAAGCAAGGGUCAAAUUAUAACUCAGGAAGAUGGGAUUCACUAGCACCCAUAGAUGACACAAGGCCUCCAACACAUUGUGGCUCCUUGUGGGCCAUUAUUCACCAUUAAGCACUCAGGCCAAGGGGUGAGCCAAACAUAUGACAAAAAAAUCUGAGGCGUUCUGGAGGGAAACGGAAAAAGGAGGAUGUUACGUGAGGAUAUUAGGUAUCAGAGAAUAAAACACAUAAACUAAACAUGACUUUUCUUAAGCAGCACAGUGAAUCUUAAAAGCUGCUAACGGGCCAUUAAAAAUCUUGGGAGAAUUACAAUAUUUUUGUAUGGUCUAAUUAAAUUUAUCCUUCACAACAACCUCUGCAAGGUAGGUUUGGUUAAUGGUGACUUGCUUUAGGGCACCCACUUCUCUUGAUUGCUAAAUGGAGACUUGAACCUGGCUGUUUAUAAAAGUCCAGACACAACAUUCUAAACCACUGUACCACACUGGCCCUCAUUUUUGUAGUGGCCGUUAUAGGCUUUUUAGUUCAUAGUGCUCAUAUAUCACAGUGCUACAAGGCAGCCGCCUGGCCAGUAAAUGGGAGGAAAAAUUAACUGAUGCAUGUGAUUGCCUCCCCACCCCUUCUCUUCCCACCCCCUCCAAACUGCUGUGCCCCUAGUGCCCGCCUGAUGAAAUGUCUGAGUCUGGACAGUCCUCGGCAGCUGCUACGCCCAGCACCACCGGAACAAAAUCCAACACACCCACCUCGUCCGUGCCCUCUGCUGCUGUCACCCCCCUGAAUGAGAGCCUUCAGCCCAUGAAUGACUACAUCACAUCAAAGAACAACAAGCGGUCGCGGGAGAAACGGAAUAGUAGAAAUAUGGAAGUCCAGGUCGCCCAAGAGACGAGGAAUGUGAGCAUAGGUAUGGCUGGCUGAGAAACUUCUAACUUGUUUCCUAUAGGAAUGUGAGAUGUGGACAUAACAUGCUAAGAAGGAAUUAUUAUCCCAUAAUGGUGUAAAUUAGCAUAUUCCUUAUUUUUAGGGCUGUAAGUAGAUUGCGGUGCCUGAGGUUGAGCAAUGGACUGCCUCUUAAACCUAGCUAAGUGCGUGGAUGUGUGUGUGGAUGAAGAAUUAUUGGUGGCUGCAUGAGAUCUCUGCUGUUCUCUUUGGGUUGUCACCAAUAUCCUCCUUGAUAAAUGGAGGUGUAAAUGCCCACCUCUGAUCUGAAAUGUUGGUUUGGUCUUCUUGACUAUGAAUAUUUCCCUCUUUGCAUUUCGUCCUACAGGGAUGGGGAGCAGCGAUGAGGGGUCAGAUUUUCAAGAUAUCGAUUCUACUCCAGAGCUGGAUAUGUGCCAGGAUCCCAGACUGGAACGCACAGGAAACAGGUUUGGGUGCAGACAUUCCCUUUCUUUAGGCAUGCUGCCCAGGAGUGCAGAAUGCAGCUUUUAUUCAUUUCGUGCCAGUCUGCAGCAUUUCCAUUCUUUUUCUCUUUGCAUGACAGCCCUACUCAGGGGAUCGUGAACAAAGCCUUCGGCAUCAACACCGACUCGCUGUACACGGAACUUACUGAAGUUGGCUCGGAAGCCAUUGGCGAUGUGGAUGAAGGAGCGGACCUCCUAGGUAAAGCCUGCUUCAAGAGUGCUGCUUUUGAAAUUCUUAUCUUAUUUAUCACAACAGCCCUUUGAGGUAGAGUAGCUGGAGAGAUAAUUAGGUAAAGAGCUGGAAGAAGUCAUGUAAGUCUUUAUGGUCUAGAGCAGGGAUAGCCAACAGCUUCCCGAUAUACGAUAUCUUUAUUGUCAUUGUCCCAUGCAGAACAAUGAAACUGGAAAACUACAUAAAACAUUCAAAAACCCCUAAAAACUCUGAAACCCCAUUUUAAAAUACACUAUACUAUAGAGACCCCUUAUGCUGCGUUUAGAACCAGAAUUGCAUUUGCAUAGAAACUGUUUCUCAGGCGGCUAGUCCUGGCCUUUAUAACCCUAUACCUUCUUCCAGAAGGCAGAAGCUGAAAGAGAUUGUUUCCGGGGUGUGUACUAUCCUGCGCUAUCUCUGCCGCUUUCUUAUGGCACCUGACAGCAUAGAUUUGAUCCAAGGUGGGAAGAGUGCACCCAGUUAUUCUCUCUGCAGUCUUUACAACCCUGGACAGCAUUGUUUUUUCCUUGGCCGUGCAGCUCCCAAACCACACACAGAGACCAUAAGUUAAUACCUUCGGUUGUUGUAAUCUAACUACCAUCAUCCCUAACCAUUGGCCAGGCUGGCUGGGGCUGAUGGAAGCGCAGCAACAUCAGGAGGGCCCUGUGUUGGCUACCCCUGCUCUAGAUAAGAUGCAGAGAUUGUGGUGAUCAGAUGUGAUCAGCAAACAUUGGGAUGAAAUAGAAAGGGCAUUUCCCUCCGAAUCAUAGAAUUGUAGAGUUGGAUGUGAUCCCAAGGGUCAUCUAGUCCAACCCCCUGCGAUGCAGGAAUCUCAACUAAAGGAUCCAUGACAGAUGACGACCCAACCUCUGUUUAAAUACCCCCAAUGAAUGAGAGGCUACCACCUUCUGAGUUUCCACUGCCAAACAGCUCUUACCGUCAGAAAGUUCUUCCUAAUGUUUAGUUGAACUUUCCUUUCCUGUCAUUUAUAUGCAUGUAGUCCACAGAAUUCUGUGACGUUUAUGCAAAUUAUGCAAAUUAAAGCAGAGUUACAUAAAUUAUUUUGCCUAAUUUACUCUGCUGUUUUAGACUUGGAGGAGGAGCCAUGUAGGGCACUGUAGGGCACAGAUGCCUUUCUAUGCUCUAUUACUGGAAAUCUCGCCCUAUGUUUUUGCUUUUGAGAUUUCACCACAUAGUGCCCACAUCCUUUCAGGCAUACCACUUCCCAACUGUAAAGAAUAUAAACUUUUUAAUGAACUGAUUUUGGAAAACGGAAUUCUGUAAUCAGAAUUGUGUCCUGUAGUUUUCCUUCCCAAUGUGAGGAAUUGCAGUCUACACAUAGCCAACAAUGACCCUGAGAAGUAAACAGUGUCAAAUAAAAUUAAUAAAUAGUUUACCUGCUAUAUUGCCAAGCUGCUAAUAAAAGCAAAGGAACAAGUAGACCAGCUAAUAAGUGUUACAUUGAUAGCCAAAAAAGUAGAAUGCAGAAUUAUCAACGCCCAAAAGUCUUAUUUAGCUGUCACUUCCAACACUUUAAUUUCCUUUCCUCAUCUUGAGUCCUUGUCACACACCAAAUAUAUUUCCAUGCUCAGAUUCAUGCUCACUACCACAGGUUCACUCCCUCUCCCCUGCAACAUUCCCACUGAACACGGCUAGAUCAUGUAUCACCAUUUACGUUAUCAUUAUUUCAUUAGCUAAAUUUAUAUUGUACUUAUUCAUUGGCCUGCUCAAGGGUAGCACACCAAAUCAGUAUUUCCAAAAGCAAUGGCAACAGUCGGUUAAAAAUCAUGGGUUGUAUCCAGCUAAGGCCACAUUUACUCCAUACAUGCACUAUGAUAGCACUUUGAACAGUCAUGAGCUCUGGGGAACUGUAGUUUCUUUAUUGUGUUGAGAAUUGUUAGCAAAGCUCUAUGCGCCUCACAGGGCAACAGUUCCCAGAAUGGUUUAACAACCAAUCCCUCUUCACAGGAACUCUUGGAAUUGUAGCUCUGUAACAAAUCUCGGUACUCUUUAACAAAUGACAGUUCCCAGGAUUCUUUGGGCUAUGUUUUAAGGUGCCAUGAGAGUGCUUUAAAUGUGUAAAUGUGGCUCAGGUUUUAGUUAGAGAAGACCCAUUGGAUUGUGUCCAGUGCUAGUCCUGCUCAUAGUAGACACACUGAAAGUAAUGGACAUGACUUAUGUUAGGUGUGUUAAUUUCAGUGGGUGUACUCUGCGUAGAACUUAAUUGGAUUCAAGCCAUCAAAAUUAAUGGAGUGAGAUGUUAAUCAUGUCCGUUAUUUUCAGGGGUGUUCUCUGAGUAGAACUAGCAUUGAAUACCACUGAAUGGUUAUAUCAAAUUAGGCCUUAACACAAAUGCCCCCAAAUUUUGUGCUUCUGUGGCCAUUUGGAUUUGGAGGAGUGAUUUUCUGGGGGUGGGAGGGAUGACAUUCACCUUCAGACCCGCCCCCCCAAUUCUCCCACUGGUGGCCACCAUUGUUAUGUGAUAUUUGUCAUUCCUCCCCUCCUCCCAAACACAGUGACCCAGAACAAGGGGCAUUGUUUGUGUGGGAUGGGAGGAAAUGGUAGUUUGGUCACUGGAGGAAGUGUUCUGAUGUGGCUGCUUGUUUAGCCCUGUAAUGGCUAGACUAAUAUCUUUUUUCUUUUCAUUAUCUGACCAGAAUCUAAGAGGGCUGGACAAUUAGCCAAUCAAGAAUAGCUGUGGCUCCUCAGAGAAUGGGGGGGGCAGGGCAACAACUGAAAUUUUACUUCUAGGUGGCCAGACUAUUUUGGCAUGUAAAACUUAUUUUUACCUCAACUAAAAGGGGAUAUUUGGUGAUGAGAGGAACCCAAAGGAUGUGCAAAUGGUAAGUGUUCUGAAUUGCCUAUCUUAAAGCAGAGGAGAUUCAAUUCAUAGCUUAAUACUGUCACGCAGGCCUGCUCAGCGUGCAUCCCACUGAGCCAAAGGCAGCCCACCAGCAUUGCGCAUAGCCCACCUCCGGCUCAAGGAGCCUCCUGUUUUUACUGCUUUUCUUGCAAGUGCACACCAUUCCCCUCACCAAAAAAAUGGGCAGGGACAAUAGCCCAUUGGUGGAGCACCUGCUUUACAUGCAGAAAGUCCCAGGUUCAAUGCUUGGCAUCUACAGAUAGGGCUAGAAUAGACCUCUGUCUGAAACCCUGGAAAGCAGCUUCCAGUCAGUGUAGAUAAUGCGAAGCUGGACGGACCAAGGGCCUGAUGUGGUUGAUAUAAGGCAGCUUCCAGAAGGAGCUGUGGCUCAGUGAUAAAGCAUCUUAUUUGCAUGCAGAAGUUCCCAGGUUCAGUCCUGUGAUGGCUUGGGACUUGGGCUCGGACUCGGAGCCAGAGGAGUCUCAGUCCACACCAGAUCCUUUGCCUCAGUCUGCACAGGUUUCCCUGAUUCUGAAGAGCCCCAGUCUGCAGAGGUUUCCCUGCAACAAGCACCAGCUGGGCCGAGUCAGGGGCCUGAGCCUGCCCUGGCUCCAGAUGUGGGGAUUACCUCGUUGCCUUCAGCUGGGCAAUCACUUACAGCUGCUCCACUACCAGUUGGGUCAGGAGAGGCUGAGGCGGCCUCUGGGUCUAGUAACCCACCGACAUCUCCCAAGCUGCAGAGACUAAGGUCUGAGAGAAGGAGAGACCUGAGUACUCGCAGGAGGAGUGCUCGCCUUCAGGCGAGACAGGGAGGUGAGUCACCGGGGGAUCAGGACCGGCCGUUACCCUGACAGAGAUAAAAGGCUUGCUGGAGCAACGUUGCUGUUUGCCAGAACCUGCCUGUGAUCCUGUGCCUGACCUUGCCUGGUUUCCUGCCUCGUGUACUGCCUUGGCCCUGCCGGACUAACUCCUCGCAGAACCCUUGGAUUUGGGAUCGGACCUGGACCGCGUUACUCAGGUCACCCCCGGGCCCAGCACAAGUCCCCAGCACCUCCAACAUGGGGUUGCACAUGUUCCUAUUCUGAAACCAAGGAGAGCUGGUUACCAGUCAUUACAGGCAGUACUGAGCAGAAAUGGACUAAUGGUCAGACUCUGUAUAAAGUGACUUCCUAUGUUCCUCUGAGAGCUGCUGCCAGACAGAGCCAACAGUACUAGGCUAAAUUGGCCAACUGUUAGACCUGGGUUAAGGCCAUUUCCAUUUUAAGGCAUUAGGGCCAUGAUCCAAUUCCUGUUGGGCUGCGUUUGAUUUAGUGGGUCUCAAGCUGUGCCAGCUUUCAUGAAUUUUUGGAAAGGCUACAUAGAGCGCUGCAGAUGGUUGUAAGCAUUCCAACAAAUUAGGUUAUUCAGAAUACGUUUUUAUUAUACCAUUUGCCAUGGUUGAGAAGACAAGGCUUAAGUCAGGGUUUGUAGGAAGUCUCCAGGCUCCUCACUUAUAUCCUCAUCUGGGGGGAAAAAGUGAUUUCCUCACCCUCAUACUCUCAAAUGUCCCAUAUGUAGAUUCACACCAUUUGCAGUCCAUAGCAGGUCCUGUCUUUACUAUUUCAUGCCUUUUGACAUUGAAAUGGCAAGAUCUUUGUUAAUUUUUUGUUUCUCUUUUUAAAAAAAUCCAGAUUUUUUUUUAUUUUGUUGGUUUCGGUCACUGAUUGACUCUUUUUCUUUCCUUCCCCCCAAAUCCUUCCCCCCUACCCCAUCCUGUAUCUCUGUGCUUCGCUGGACAUGGCCCAUAGGGGAGUUUUCAGGUGUGUAUCUCUCCUCUGUUCAGAUUCUCUGUUUCCUCCAAUUUUUCUUUCUUCCUGCUCCUUCCCCCUUUCUUGAAUUUUAAAUUGAAUGAUGUGGGUACACACGUGUGAUACUCCCCUGCUGUUGUCCAAUCACGGUUGGCUUUGCGGACUUCGUCCCGCCUUUCCCUUGUUUGAUUGGCUUGCGUGACUUAAGGUUCCAAACCCAAUUGAACAUUCUCUGCUUUUUGCUCACAUGUUACAUUGCGGUAAGCUUUAUUUCUAACCCUACCCCCGGCUUUCUGCAGCCUCACUCCACGAUCUGCUUUUUUUUACCUCCCUCUUUGAAUCCUAGGGUUGAAGGUGGGAAAACAUCUGUUACUUCAUGUUUCCUAUAAGGUGGGAUUUUUCCUUCCUUUUAGGGCAGGCAGUGAGCCCAAGUGUGGGUUCUUCAUUCAGAGAGUGAGCUAAAGAUAGGAGGUUUAUCCAUCUUGCUGAUUCCAUUAAUAAUUAGUCCUUUCCCUCCCUCAGGAUGGCUGCUGGGUAAGAGAAGGUUUGGGACUCAGUGCUUGCAGGAUAGGGGCUGAGCUCUCAAGUUUCGCAGCUUGUAAGUUUGGAAAAGGCUGAGAUGGUCAGUCAAGAGUUCUAGCUGAAAGAGAAGUGUUAGAAGGGCAUCUUUUCUAGAUGAACUUGCUUAAAUCAGUGGUGCAGUUAGCUAAUUUAAGACUCUAGGCCAGGGGUGGAGAACCACCACCUCCCAUCACAUGGAAGGCCUAUAGCUCAGUGGUAGAACAUCUGCUUUGCAUGCAGAUUAUUUCUGGGUCAAUCACUGGCAUCUCCAGGUAGGGCUGCGAGACACUCCUGCCUGAAAACCUGGAGAGCUACUGCCAGUCGGCAUAGAUGAUACUGAGCUAAGUGGAUUAGUAUACGGUGACUUCCUAGAUUACUAUCCCUGACCAAUGACCGUGAAGGCUGAGGCUGAUGGGAGUUGGAGUCCAACAAAAUGGACCACAUGGUUCUCCAGCCCUGCUCUCUAUAGACAAUUAUCUUAUUGGAGUAGGGUGGCUCUUUAGAUGGUAUUGUACAUUGACAUCACUUCCUUCAGAAUGUGGAAAGUCUGCCCUGUUGCGUUAGGAGGCUCAUUCUGCUGAGUGGGCCCCUGGGCCUCUAUCCUAAAAUCCUGCCUUGACAGCACCACUGGCUUAAGUGGUACAGACUGGACAGUUUCCCUGGAUACAGUUGUGGUCCCCAUCUCAGGAGGAUAUCCUGGAACUGGAAAAGUUUCCAGAAAGCAGAAACAAAACCAUGACAGGUCUGGAACAUUUCCUCAUAUAUAAUAUAAAGAAAGCUUAAAGCAUUUGAGGCUUCAGAGUUUUUAAGAUAAAGAUGGGCAAAGGUUCAGGGAGCACAAAAGACAAGAAAGAGGUUUAUGAAAUGCUUCAGUAGAUAGAGGGAAUUUCUGGAAACUUUCUUCGGUUAGCUAUGUUUGCUUUCGUAUUGUUUCGGAGAGUGUGAAUUUGAUAAAUUUGACUUUGAACGUGAACUGAAUUGAAUUUCUCCCCAUUCCUGUUGGCCACACAUGAUUGCCUGUCGAUUUGUGAGCACAUUGGGUGUGCACAUUUAGUAUCAUUUCCAAAAUUGGAGCAUCCGCACUUCCCUCCAGGGCUCUCCCAGUAAGGGUGGAAAAUUAGGUGGGUUUUUUUUACAUGUAAAUGUUCAUUGUAGUCAUGCUUGAAAUGUUCGCGGAAGGGCCAUAGCUCUGUGAUAGAGCAUCUGCUCUGCAUGCAGAAACUCCUCUGAGUUCAAGCUCCAGUAUCUCUGCAUAGGGUUGAGAACGUCCUCACCUAAAAUCCUGAAGAGCCACUGCCAAUCAGUGUAGACAGUAUUGAGCUAGACGGACCAAUGAUCUGACUCAGUAUAAGGCAACUUCUUAUUACUGAGUUGUAUGACAUGUAAAUACAAUCCUUUGUGAAAAACGUGUCCAGUUUUGACUGAAGGAGAAAGAAAGAGAAGGGGUGUGUUUGUCUGCAUUGGGUUGGAUGCAAAAGUUCCCUUCCUUUGAUAAUACCAGUCUACCUCUGCUGAAGAACUCUUUACACUGGACCCGGCCCAGUGCAAAUAGGAAAUAGAUUCAUUUCCUUUAAACAUUUAUUAUUUGCUGCCAACCCAAGAUUGCUGCCUUUUUUUCAGGCAUCCGUCCAGUUGAAAAUCAGAUUCGGGGUCCCCCAACAGCCCCUUUGCCCCAAUUUUACUGUCCUCUCCUCCUGUUUUUCCCUUUAACCUGACCCAUCCAUGCUGUUGCUUUGGUUCCCUUCCGUAGAGGAUGAGAGGCCCAAAGGACCUUUACCUAUCCACAGAGGAUGGAACCAGGAGUUGCUAACUUGAUCUGUUCAUUCAUUCAAAAUCUGAGACUUUCUUCCCUGCUUAGCUGGAUCAGAGGCAGAGAGUGGUUCUUGCUGCAGCAUAACUAAUUUCCUUGCGCGUACGUGCUAAGAGAGCACCACCGUUUUGCUGUUUACAGAUUUGUAUUUAAUGGCUGCUUUUUUCUCUCCCUUUCUUCCCCUAUUCUUCUCUUCUUUGUCCCUAUCUCUUUCUGUACCCCUAACCCCACCCCUCUUUUCUCAUAUGGAAUGACUUUCAUAGUGCGGGAUGAUUUCUUUGGUAAGGCCAAGGCCUUUUUUAAACAUAUGGGUGUUCUCCUCCCCCUUUCUGUUCAUUCAGCAUCUCUUCAUCCUUUUUUUCCUUCUCCUCUUUUUUUUCUUCUGGGAUUUCUUGGGACUCUCUUUUGUUUCUUUCCCGUGAUGGUGAUGGUGUUGCUUUGUUGAGAAGAAGUAGGUGAUUCUUCCGUCACCCAUUGUUUGGGAGAGAUUCUUUUCUGUUUGGGGAUGUAGGUGGUUAUUCACUUUGAUGUUUCAAACAGCUUGCAGGAUGCAGGUCAAGAAAUAUGGCUGUGAAAUGUAAUGCAUUUCCUGGUUAUUUUUUUCUGGGAACUGUAAACAAACACACAAAACACAUAUAGCAUUCUUGAUGGAAAUAUUCUAUAUACACAAUUGACUCCACCACACUUCACUUAGGUUGCUAUGGGAGCCAGGGCUUCUUAUAACAUUCCAGACACACAAUUCAAUGUGCUGCUUUUCAUGUUUUGAAAACCCUUAGCUUAGAAACCACUUUGUAUUCAGAAGAAAAGACUAGCCCUGGCCUUUUUUUUUUUUUUUACCUGAACCACUAGCUUUCUAGAAGCAAGGAGCACUCAGUUGUGGCUUCUUCCCAACUGUAUUUUGAAGCGGUAACGGGGAUGUUGGCAGGUGCCAUCAUCAUUAUUAUUCUCAUUAUUCUCAUUAUUAGACAAAUUCAUAGACUGCUUCAUGCCCAAAGUUGGUAUGUGGGGGAGAUAAGUAUAUGGCCCACUGGCCGGAUCCAGUCCUGCAGUACGGAAUUGGCUAUACCACCUGCAGUGCCAUUGCACAUCCAGCAUUGCGCAACUGCCAUGGCUUCACUCUCCAGCUAUUGCUCUGUACUUGGCUCCAGUUCCUGGGCUGCAGUUUUCUGGUAAAAACCAAAGUAGAUUCUGAAAUCUACCUAUGUUUGACAUGCUUGUUGUAGUCUGCUAAAAAAACAUCCAAAAAAACCCAAAAGAUCUUGUGCCAAGAAAAAGAAACGUAAAAGUAAUGCAAGCCAGCAAAACUGCAUAUAUUCACUCAGGUUGCAUAACUUAACUACUCAUAGCCUUGGGCCUGAGCAAAGGUCUUUGCAAAGUAUUGACACCUGCUCUUAACUGUCAAAUAUCUGAGCUUCCGCUGUUCCAUGCUUGUGAUAACCACCUGGCAUUCUUUAUACAGUUUCAAGCCUAUUUUUGCAGUCUUAAGGGCUACAAAUUUGCUAAAGCGGCGAGAUUUGCAGUAUUCUCUGCUCUGUUAUAGAUUGAUGCAGUCUUGUGAUUUUCAUAUUUCCGAUUCAGACUUCUGACUUCAGCAUAUAUCCUGUAGGCUCAGGAUGAUUUCCAUUAUUUCUGAAAGAACAACAGACCUUGCCUCUUUGCAAUAUGUUUUGAUUUUUGAGACCAAGUAUCUCCAGUUAUCCAGGGACAGAAAAUACCCUGCAGCCACAUUGCCCAGGCACCUAAAAACUGGUGCUAGUGCCUUGAAAUAUUCACCCCCACCAACCUGCAGACCUUGGCAAAUCAGUGUGUAAAAAAGAUGCUAUUUACAUUUCCCCUUCUCACAGCAGCCGGGAUAUAAAAGGUCAUACAGUGGUGCCUCGCAAGACGAAAUUAAUCCGUUCCGCGAGAGUCUUCGUCUAGCGGUUUUUUCGUCUUGCGAAGCAACCCUAUUAGCGGCUUAACGGACUAGCGCUAUUAGCGGUUUAGCGGCUAUUAAAGGCUUAAAGGCUUAGGGGAUUAGCUGCUAAAAGGCUAUUAAAGGCUAUUAAAGGCUUAGCAGAUUAGAUAAAGGGGGGGGGAGCGAAAAAAAAAUCUCUAGACUCGCAAGACAUUUUCGUCUUGCGAAGCAAGCCCAUAGGGAAAUUCGUCCUGCGAAGCAACUCAAAAACGGAAAACCCUUUCGUCUAGCGGGUUUUCCGUCUUGCGAGGCAUUCGUCUUGCGGGGCACCACUGUACCACAUUUUCUUUCAUUUUUUAAGUGUACUCCUAUUUCAAAUGUACACCAAGAAACAUAAUGUGGGAAUGAAACACAUGCAUGUGUCAUGCAGGUACACAAAUUGAGUACCUGGGUUUGGCAGUGCCUCCAUGUGGAGUCUACACGAAAUGGACUGGAUGUCAGUGAAAUGUGCAGAGUGGCCUAUAGUUUGCCUUCAGACUAGGAUUCUUAAUCUCCAUUAUUGCAUUUAAGUUUGUAUUUUUGUUCUCUGCCCCAAUAGACAGUAUGAAGAUCCCAUGCUGCCUGAAACAUCAGAAGUGAUUUAUUUCUUCCUGUCUUAUUGAUGGUUGUAGUGUUUUUUCCCCUUUCUCUAUAUCUAUCUAACUUUAUUUUUUUUUAAAAAAAAACACCUGCUGCUUCUUUGCCAUUCUUGCUGGGGAACUUGCCUCUGCCAUCAUCAACCCGUCCCAUCUCAUUGUUGGGAAGAAGGUCUGUGUACUUGCCUGAGUGUGUUGUGCUGUAUUCUCACUUCCUGUACACUGCCAUAACUCUCUUUUUUAAGCGUUUCAUUUGUACUGAGUGUGUGUUUGUCGCUUUCAACAAAAGCAAGCAGAACGAACAGCAUAAAAGCAUGUUUCUCUACACAGUGUGAAGUGGAUGCGUGCGUGAAUGUUGAAAGCAUCCGUGGGUUCAUGAGAACCGUUGAAAUGAGACUAGGUAACUAAACAUUUCCCUUCCAUUCUGUAAUGGAAGGAAAUUCUAGUCCCCCUAUACAGCACUCUCAACAUUUGGGAUGGAGGCUCUCCUUAGCUUUGGCUGCAAACACACCCUAAAUUUAAAGCACAUGAAUUCCCCCAGAGAAUCCUGUGAAGUGUUGUUAAGGUUUGCUGGGAACUACAGUUCCCAAGGUUCUUUGGGGGAAAGCCAUGUGCUUUAAAUGUAUGGGGUGCAUGCAGCCUUCGUAAGGUCACCCAGUGAGUUUUGCAGUGAAGUAGGGAUUUGUACUCUAGACCUGGCUCUUUUUGCUUCCUGUUCUGCAUUGGCAGCUUUCAUGCACAAAAGCAGCAAUAGCCAAAGGGUUCAAACCAGGCAGGAGGAACCUGUGGCCUGCCAGAUGCUGCUGAACUGCCAUCUAAAUUCUAAAUCUAAUAUAUUAUCUAUAGUCUAUAUCUAUCUAUCUAUCAUCUAUCUAUCUAUCUAUCUAUCUACCUACAGUGGUACCUCUGGUUACAUACGCUUCAGGUUACAUACGUUUCAGGUUACACACUCCGCUAACCUAGAAAUAGUGCUUCAGGUUAAGAACUUUGUUUCAGGAUGAGAACAGAAAUUGGGCUCUGGCGGCGCAGCGGCAGCAGGAGGCCCCAUUAGCUAAAGUGGUGCUUCAGGUUAAGAACAGCUUCAGGUUAAGAACAGACCUCCAGAACGAAUUAAGUACUUAACCCGAGGUACCACUCUAUCUAUCUAUCUAUCUAUCAUCUAUCUAUCUAUCUAUCUAUCUAUCAUCUCCCACCUUUUCCACUAAUAGAACUCAGGGUAGCUUAGAGAUUAAAAAAAAGAAGUGCUAAAAGUUCAGGGUUGUUUUAAAAAACCAAAAAUGAUUGUGAAGCGCUCCAAAAGUAUCUCUCAAAACUGAGGGAAUGAGCAGUAAAAUGGCAAGUGCAAUUCAGCGUAAACAAUUAUAAAGUGAUGAAUGUUGUCCCCCCAAAAUAUGCUUACAUUCGUAACUCCCUUUAAUCUCCGUCAGCAUAGCUGAUGGUCAGGCAUGAUGGAAGUUGUAGUCCAGCAACAUUUGGAAGGCCACAAGUUUUACACCCCUGCCCUACUAAGUGUGUUUAGGAUAAUGUCAUAUGUGGGGGGAAACCCAAAGUUUGUGUAAGAUGUAUCUAAACUUUCACAAAUAGUGCAUUUGCCAGAUGAACAGAGCUGGAAUAGUGAUCUGAUUUCUCUAGAAUUACCUUCACCAACUUACUGCACUCCAGAUGAUUUGGAUAACAGCCGUCAUCAGCCCCAGCUUGAUGGGAGUUGUAGUCUAAAACAUCUGGAGGGCAACAAGUUGGGGAAAGCUGCUGUAGAGUGUGCAUGUUUAACAAGUGUAUUGAGUAUGUGGCCAAUAGUAAGAUUUCAUUCUUCCUCCUAUCCUUCAUCUUCCCAGCAACAACUCCAUAAAACUAAAAAGGUGGGAGGAGAGAAUGGCAGCCUAGUCUCAUAUAUGGAGCUUGCUGCAGUAGUUAUGGAGACUAAGGUCACUUCCCACAUCUGUCCUUGCAAAACUGGGAAGCGUAGUUCUGUGAGGGGAGCCAGUGAUCUGUAAGAGAAUUCUUAGCCCCUUUGUCAAGCUACAGUUCCCAGCACUCUUUGGAAGGGGCAACAUGAUAGUUAAAUGGAGUGCUAAUAUAUCCACAAAGUGGGAAAGACUCAAUUGGGAUUUUUUUUUAUAACAGCAGUAUAACAUUUCAGAGCUGACCUCACUAGCGAGCCCCUCUACUCUUCCCUUACCCACCAAAGAGCCAGUGUGGUGUAGUGGUUAAGAGCGGUGGACUCAUAAUCUGGUGAACCGGGUUCGCUUCCCCGCUCCUCCAAAUGCAGCUGCUGGGUGACCUUGGGCCAGUCACACUUCUUUGAAGUCUCUCAGCCCCACUCACCUCACAGAGUGUUUGUUGUGGGGGAGGAAGGGAAAGGAGAAUGUUAGCCGCUUUGAGACUCCUUAGGGUAGUGAUAAAGCGGGAUAUCAAAUCCAAACUCCUCUUCUUCUUCUUCUUCAAACCUCUUCAGAGAUAGUUUCCUUGUGAUGUCUAGCUGGGGUUGGAUCCUUCCACAGUGGUGCGGCACUAAUCUGCAUAGAAGUUCAGGGGAAGUCAGACAGUUAAGCUUCACUGUGUGACAUUAGGUACUUCCAAUGAAACAGUUGGCCCAACGGCAAAGUCUUUAAAGUUUCCCUUUGUCGUUGGCAACCUGGAGACCAGAAACUAGUGACUAGGAGGACUGAAAUACGUGACAGAUGAUCGAAUUAGAUCAGAGCUGGUCCUUGGAUAAACAGAAGAAAGUGGAUGAGGAGAUGUUUUUCUCCCUCUCUCAUCAUGCUUGGGGCCAUUCAAUGAAGUUGAAUGUUGGAAGAUUCAGGACAAACUCACAUAAGAGGUAUUAAUGGCCACCAACUUGGUGUAAAAGAGGAUUAAUGGAGGAUGAGGCUAUUUAGGGCUACUAGCCAUGACGGCUAUGCUUCUGUCUCCCCUGUUGGAGGCACUAUGCCUCUGAAUACCAGUUGUUGGGAACUGCUGGUGGGAAGAGUGCUGAUCUGCUCAGGUCCUGCUUUUGGGCUUCCCAGAGGCAGGUGGUUGGUUGGCCACCAUAAGAGCAGGAUGCUGGACUAGGUGGGCCAACAGGGCUUUUCUUUUCUUUUCUUAACUUGCAUCAAGUGGCUUCUAUCCACGAAUCAAAGUUGACCCGCAAGGGUGGAGGUCUGUUUCACUAGUAUGUUCCUUGCAGGGAAUGCACUGGCCAAACAGCACCCAGCAGGACUGAUGUGGAGAGGGUUUAGUUCUGUUCUACUUUGCUAGCAUGUUCCCCCACAGGGAUCACACAUGCAAAGAAGCACCCAGCAUGAUUGAACCCUGCCCAUCAGCUGACAACACCCAGUGAUACCAGCUGAUUGACAGGUGGUGUGGUUUUGGGAAAAUGGCUUCACAGGUCAAAUUCAACUCCCCGGCAGGCCAAGAUUGGUGCACGAGCUGGACUUUCUCUACCCCUGCACUAAUCGUUACCCUAAAUUAGCUGUGCAUAAUAUUGAACUUUGCUAAUAAUUCGCUGUGCUCAUGGCUUGUGCUCUUGAAUCCAGAUUGAAAACAAGCAGGGUUGUGCGAAACAGAGGAGUUGAGUGACUCGCUCAUUGGCUGGGCCUGUUCAAAAAGGUUUUAACACAUUAUAGUGGGGUGGGUUCAGCUUUUAAGUCUAAGGGCUUAUGCACAAUUACCUUUCCUCCACUCUUUCCAGGCACAGUCCACAAUUUCAAGCUCUGGGUCUAAACACUCCCCCCCUUUUUUAUUUUGCUCUGGACCUUUCCUCUUGAAAACCCAUUCUUUCAAGCUCAAUCAGAGCAAAUGUCAAUCCACAGAAAACCUGAAUUGCUGUUUGUUCCAGUUCAGCCUUAAAGAGCUGUUUUUUUGUGGGGAAAGCUUAGGGCAAAACAAACAAACAAAAACUGCUUGACCAUAGAGUGUUAAUGUACAGAUCUCUGCCUGGAAAGUGUGGGACAAAAGUUGAGUGUGGAUAAGCCCUAAGAAUAGCCAUUUUAGUGCAGUUGUUUCUUCUGUCCCAUCUCCUAAAGGAAGUCUCUGUACUUGAGUGAAUGCAUCCGUCUGCGUUUUCAGAAAUGUUUGCUUCUGUUCCGCGACCUCGACAGGGCGAGUGGCGCUUUGCACUGUGCAGCAAAACAUAUACGUUGCAGGCUCUCGAACUACGAGGCUGCUUCUCCUAAGUAAGAAUUGGCCAGCAAAGCAUAUUGCUUAAAUCUUUCCAGAGGGUGCAGAUCAAAAUUGUGUGUUGCCUCGUGUUUUAUUUUUUCUUUUCCACCCCUCCAGGGAUGGGCAAAGAAGUGGGGAACCUGUUGAUGGAGAACACGCAGCUACUGGAAACAAAGUAAGACACCAGCUCAUGCUCUAGAAAUACUUUGCUUGUUUGCUUAGGUGUAUGGCAUGGACAUGGUUGACUUCAGAGGACAUUUGUGUGUUGCCACUUUGCUUGCUAGCAUUUCGGUGACCACCAGCUUAGAAGGUUUUAAAAGAGGAUUAGACAAAUUCAUGUAUAAGGGUAUCAGUGGCUACUAGCCUUGAUGGCUGUGUUCCACUGUUGGUAGUAGCAUGUCUCUGAUAAUUGCACGAAGAACUUCCAAGCAAUGGUUCUUAAGAGAGUUGAGAAUUGUUUCUGAGAGGGGUCACUUUUAGGGGUGUGGUGAGAAAUUAAAUAGGGGAUCUCACAAAGGCAGGCAUCCAUACUUGGUUUCUGCCAACAGAAUCAGUGCUACCCACAGAAAAGUCUCCGUACAACCUACCAUACUGUAAAAUCCAUACAAAUGCAGUUCAAAACAGCAAAUUCAUAACAAAUACAACAGCAAUAUUGCAGUAAAUGAGAUUGAGUGUUUGUUGGGUGGGGCGGAGGGAGGCUCCGUUAAUUUCAUUGUACACAUGUUGUACAUUGACAAUAAAGGUAUUAUUAUUAGUAACAGCAUCUGCAAUAAUCACGAAGAAACAAAGCGCCCUUUCCCCCACACAACACAAGGAUGAUUGACAAGGGAACUAAAUAUUGUUAUGCAAGAACCACAAUUCCUAAGAAAGUAAAAACUUCUUCAACGGGUGCAGGGUGAAAUUCCCUGGGAAACCAGAGCCUACUACCCAAAAGCUCGUUCUCUUUCUCUCACUGCUGUCCUCUAGACUAAGGUUGUAAGAAAUCAUUGCUUUCAAUCCUCCCCUAUAUUCAUCACAGGCUUCACUGAUACUUCUCUGCUGCAGUUAAUCUUCCACCAAAAUGAUGUUAUCCACCUCACUAUCUACUGUGGCACAUACGUUUUUCUUUUCCUUUCCCCGUCCUAAAGAAAUGCUCUGAACAUAGUGAAGAACGAUUUAAUUGCAAAGGUAGACCAGCUCACUGGGGAGCAGGAGGUGUUGAAAGGUGAGCUUGAAGCAGCAAAGCAAGCGAAAGCCAAGAUGGAAGCUAGGAUCAAGGAACUCGAAGAGGAACUGAAAAGGUGAGUGUCCGGCUGCUGCUUGAGCAGUUUCCUCAGCUAUGUGUAGGCAAGUCAUUCGGGACAAAAAAAGAAGGCUGGUGGGUGCUAGAUUCCAAGGCGAUCUGUAGGGCAGCACUUGGGCUACCCUGGCUAUUGUCGCAACAACACUUGGAGGCCCACAAGUUCUCCCCCUGGCCCCUCUGCUAAAUGGACCCUCCCACAGCACCACAUCCCAGAUCUUCAUGAGCAAAGGCAAACCUGCAGGAGACGCAACUGUGGUCCUUCUGUACAUAUCACAUUUGGUAUGGCCCUCUCUACAUGCCACAGUCAAACGAAGAGCUCAUGUUGGUGCUUCUCAUUCUCGUUCUUGUAUUAAAUUCCCCCCCCCCUUUGUAACUGUUAGCAAAAGUGGUCCAGUUUACAUUUUUUGGGGAGCAGGGUGAAGUAUUACUGUCUUCUUUUUUUACAUAUAUGGAUUGGGGGGUAUUUUUUAUCCUUGGUUGUUGCCUUGGGCUGCUCACAUAAAGCCAGAUGUUCCCCAUGCCUCAUAAACUUUCUGUAGCAAAUGUAGCAAAAUGGCCUAGCUAGGGUAGCCAUACAUCCAGAUUUUCCCGGACAUUACCGGAAUUUCAAUGGUGGAAGUGAUGGCGGGGGCGGGGGGGAGGAUUUCUGAAAAGCAGCAGUUUGUCCUGGAUUUUCGGCAAAAUAACCAAAAAAUCGCUUGGGUCAUUUCUCAAAAACAACUUUGGCUUUUUUCAGCAAUUUGUUUGUGUCUGGAUUUUCACUUCUUGAAAGAUGGCAGCCCUAGUGAGCAACUGAGGCCCAGGACAGCGUACCCCUGCCAAGAGGGGCUGCUCUUUUAGCCUCUUCCUUUCUUUGAUGUUCUUUGCUCUGUUUUCUAGAGUGAAAUCCGAAGUGAUCGUUGCCCGUCGAGAGCCCAAAGAAGAGGUGGAGGAUGUAAGCAGCUAUCUCUGUACAGAAUUGGUAUAUUACAUUAUUAAAAUGCCUAGGGAAGGAGGGUUUUUUGUGGGAAUGGGGGGUUUUCUUCCUCACUUACUUGAACACUGACACCAAAGUGCAUAUUUUAUCAUCCUCAGGUGUGUGGGGCAGCCCAAAGGGGCUGUUCUCUUUGGGUUGUCACCACAUUCAUGACUACCGCAGCCUGGGUGUAAUCAUAUCAAAAUGGAAGUACUGGAUGCCACCUCAGUCCUAACCCCACUUACCUGGGAGCAAGCCCCAUUGAGAUCAAUAAGACUUGCUUCUGAGUAGACACGGUUAGGAUUGCACCAUUAGGGUCAGAUUAUCCUUAUAUAUGUGUUUUCUCCCCCACAUAUAGUCUCUGGUAUGGGGAAGGUAGGGGACUUUAAGUCUUUGCCUCCAUCAUUGUGGUCCUAAACCAAAUCUCCCUUGUACAUGCUAACAUGAGGAGGAACAUAGGUCUUAUCUGCAGUUAGGUGACUGGUCCUCCUAGAUCAUGGUUUAGCCACACUUCCUUUUUGCCCCAUUCUUUCCAGGUCUGCACUUAAAAGCUCUAUAUCCAAGUGUGGGUUUGUUUUUUGCUUUUUGCCCUGGGGUUUCUCCCCAUGAAAACCUGCUCUUUAGCGCUCAAUCAGAGCAAAUGUCAAUUCUGGUUUUCCGCAAAUUGCUGUUUGCUGUGAUUGAGCUUUAAAGAGAAGGUUUGCACUGGGGAAAGUUGCGGGACAACAGCAAUGACAUCUCUCACUACUGCUGAGCCCCCUGUUCCUUCCUACCCAGAAGAUUCCAUCAGAAUGAGGUUGGGGAAACAUUGCUUUCUGCUCCCAUGCAAUCGCUCUGAUGACACCAUCCCCAAAACUAGUUUAAGAUGAGGGCAGAAACAGGAAGUAGUGUGUCCUGUCCUCACUCAUCUUCUGGGUUACAAGGAGCUUCACAGAAAAAUUACACGAACCAUCUGCAGUGAGUGUGAAUGCCAUGGGACAAACAUUUCUCCUUGACACACACAACCUCCACAUACACGUUCCUUGUUGCUGAAAUGCCUCCCUAAACUUUGCAGCGUAUGACAAAGUUGGGUGUGCAUUUUAGCUCUUAUAGCUGGUCUCCUAGCUACCCAGCAGUGCUUCCUGCGAUCUCCUGAUCAGCGGCCCGUUAGCCUUUAGCACUUACUGUUGGGACGGAUGAAAGGGGCCGCAUUUCGAACCUGUCCCUUCUCUCUAUGCUGUCAGUGGUCACUGGGAUCUCCCCCAGAGAAUCAUCCAGAUAAUGAGUAUGACCAGGUAAGCUCAGCCAUGCUGGGUAAGAAGGUCCAAGCCUUCUUUUGCAAUAGAAUAAGCAGCUCUUCCCUCAGUCUCCCACCACAUGUCUUUUGGGGACUUCUUUGUAGAGAAAGGCAGGCUGAUUUUAAUCCUGUGAGCUACUAAUGUGUGUUUCAGUGCUGACUUGCUAAUGCGGUUGAUAUGUCCAUGCAGGCACCCUUAGUUCUGAUGUAGAAUUACCUGUUCAUUCUGAUCUUCGGGUGAAGACAGAUGUAGCACUUUUGAGAGUGGCAGAGAUUGCUUGAAUUCGCUUUUGACUUCCUGAUCUACACAUGCAUGAUUCUUCUUUUCUAUUACUCUUCUUUUCUGGGAGAGGGAAACGUUUCUGGCAUAUUGGGGGAAAGAAACUCUGGGUAGUUGCCUGUUGUCUAGUCUGUGAAGUCAUUACCUCCCCAGGUCCCCAGAACUAUUUUGAAAUGGUUUCGGGGGAAAAAUGAGUUUAUUUUUUGGUAAUGUGAAGGGUGGACAAAAAAGCUUACAAAUGCAUAUAAAUUCCUGAAUGUUUUUUUUAAAAAAUAAAAUAGAAAGGUGGGCAAUCUUUAUGAAUCAUGACAGGGAGAGGGAUAAGACUGAAUUCACGCAAUGGGUGCAUUACUGCUUUGGCCACUGUUAAGACUGUUACUUCUGCCUUCUCCCUUAAAUAAUCCUCCACUUUUGCAUUGUAUUGCAUUGUUUACAAAUUAGGCUUCCUCCUGUUGCAGGAAGUUUAGCUAUGCAUGGGCUUAAUAUGAGUUGACUAACCCAUAUUAACACUUCACUCCUAAUGGCAGGCUAGUUAGACUUGGAUGCUAACUAGCAUUACCUUGGAGGCUUGCAGAACACGAAUUAGCUUUUCGCUAAUCAGUUCUCCAGAUGUUGUGUUUUCGUUGCUUAUAUGACGUUGUAGUUAGAUUCUGUUUGCUAAAAUUAACUGGGGGGGGUGUAUACCUGGAAGAAGCUAACAAUUGUUGCUUUAGUCACCUGGCUUCAUUCUUUACUAACCUUAAUCCCCUUCCAUUUCCCAUUGGUUGAAGCCGUCCUCCUCCCCUCUGCAGGACAACAUUCCCAUAGCUCAGCGCCGGAGGUUCACCCGCGUGGAGAUGGCCCGGGUCUUGAUGGAGCGCAACCAAUACAAGGAGAGGUUGAUGGAGCUGCAGGAGGCUGUCAGGUGGACCGAGAUGAUCAGGUAUGGGGGGUGCUUUAUUGUUGCAGCAUCGUAAAAGUGUUGAGAGGAACCUAGCAGGUGGGCUAGAGGUCCUCUGUGGUUCUGGAGUACCAGUGGUCAUUUUGCGUGAGAUGAAGAAUUCAGCACCCUGAUCACCUCAGCAUCAGACAAAAAACCCAGUGGGUUUUUAACUCUCAUUGGCUAGGUCUAAAUGUAUUCCAGCACCUCAAGAAUCUUAGUGUUCAUUUGAAAAAGAAGAAACACAAAAACCAAAUUAUAGCCUUUACAUGUGGCUUCAUCUGAUGUAAUUGGGUUGGGGAUUGCAGCCUUAACCCAUGACUAUUAUUAUUUGUUGGUAUACUUGGUUUUAAUGUGGGGUUUGUUUGUUUUUGCAUUGUAAGUAACUUGAGAGACUUUCGUGGGAAAAGCAACAAAUAAAUACAAAGAAAAGAAAAGAGUUGCUUGCUUUUGAAGUGUGCAAGAGUUAUGUAUGAUGUGGUUUAUGUUGCAUUGUGUUAUGAUUAGGUGAUUAAAGUAUAUUCUAUGCAUAAUAAGGUUUUUAUCAUGGGUUUGUUCUGUCAUGCCUAAUGAUGAUGUAUAUAAUUAUCUUGUGCUUCAUGUAUUUAUUUAUAUGGAUGCUCUUUAUUUUUUUACAAAUUUAUAAAAAUUCUAUUUACUGGAACUGUUUCAAGGCUUUCCCUUUCUUUUUGCUUCAGGCCUUCAUUGCAUAUGUCAUUUGUAGCUGAAUCCUGAAACCAACAGGCAUACCAGUCCUCAGAUCCCCAAAUUAACCUUUUUUGCCAUUUAUUUUGUCCGCUCAUCUGUUGUCCAGCCGUUUAAUAAUUAUCUAUUUUAUUUGUUCACAGAGCCUCUCGUGAGCACCCUUCUGUCCAGGAGAAAAAGAAAUCUACUAUUUGGCAAUUGUAAGUAGUGUGUUUGCUUGUGAACUGUGAAAUGCAGAAGGACGUGUGUGGUAGAGACUUUUCCGUACAGUCAAGUAAAAGCACAGUAAUUCUACCAGUUCAUUUUUACUGACAAAGUUGCAUAUUUGGAUGUGAGAAGGGAGGUAACAUCACUGGUGCAAUAGAUAGCCUGUGCUGCCUCUUGACAUUCUUUAUGUUUAAACCUUGCACAUUCCAUCAGAUGAGGGUGUGUGAAGACAACUUCAACUCACCCAGCACUUUUGGGUAGCUGCUGGGGCUCCAGAGUUUCAAAAAAGCACAUCACCGAACCAUCCUUCUCUGUCCUCUGUAGCUGCAAACUCUCAUUUUAAAUUUCCCAUUGUGCCACAGAGCACCGAUGUGUUGAGUGCUGCAAAGUUUAAAAAGAUGGCUUCCAAGGUGCUAGCUGAUCAUGCCAGGUAAAGAAGGGGCUUCCAAGAUGGUACUUUGCCAAGACCCCUCUCAAUCAAAGGGAAUAAAUAAAAUAUUAAAAAUGAGCAGUUGUGGCAGUGUGCUGCUUCACAUCCUCCAGCAACCCUGGGAUUAGAUGGAUGGGGUCUUCAAGUUCAGAAGAUGUGGCUUUCAGAUAGGGUUGAACUCUGGUCCACUAUAUAUUGCUGAACUAUAAUUCCUGACCAUUGUCCACACUGGUUGGGGCUGACGGGUAUUGUCAUCCAACAACAUCUGGAGUGCCACAGUUUCCCCAGCUGAUCAUUUUCAGACUCAUGCAUGCAAACAGCAGAUGAAGUGCCAAAUUUAUUCUUGCACAAGAUGCUCUCCCAUUAAAACCCAAACAUAGUACAACUCCUUGCCUCAUCCCAUGUCAGGACGUUCUCUAAUGUUUAGCAACUUUCCAGUAACUUCCAUAUAGGAUUCUUUCUGUUUCUCAUUUUUCCAAUUUUAAAUUCAGUUCUCCUCAUUUUUGCCGCAAUUUGCACUUUAAAAAAAAUCCGCAUGAAUACUCACCAGCAUUUUAGUGUGCAUUUCUCAUAAUAAAUAUAUAUAUAUGGAUACAGUUUUGAUUAAUAUGCACAUUUUUGCAAGCAGUUUUUCCUAAGACUAAGCAUUUUGUAUGUUAUCUUCACUAAUAGAUAACAUCUAUUUUUAUGCAUUUUUUGCACAUUGGUUGGAGAACUGUCUUGCAAAAUUCCAAGAAGUGUGAAUUUCAAAGAGUUGCUGUGUUUUGAUAGGUGUAUUGGGUCUGAGAAGCGUGAAUUAGGUAGUUUCUCAUUAAAAUGCACACAAAUAAUCCCCGCCCCCAAUUCAUACUCCUGUACCUCUUUUCUUCUUCUUUGGGAUUAACAAUACAAAACUCAUGAUUUAACACCUUUGGCUUCCUUCUUUCUCCCCAGCUUCAGCCGCCUGUUCAGCUCUUCCUCCAGUCCUCCACCUGCCAAAAGGAGUUACCCAUCAGUGAACAUCCAUUACAAAUCUCCCACGGCAGCUGGGUUCAGCCAGCGCCGUAGCCACACUAUGUGCCAGAUCUCUGCGGGGAGUCGCACCCUUGAGUUCUUCCCGGAUGAGUGAGUUCAUCGACCACUAUGGCUAAAGUUCCUGCUGUGGCUUGUCCUAGUUGCUUGGCGGAAACCCAGAAAGUAUAGCUUCAAAGCAUGUGCUGACCAGAUUUUGACAAGGCUGGACAUAGUCAGUGGCUGCUUGGAAUUCAGCGUCCUGCAAAUCUCCUUUUCAUUACUUUAUAAUAAUAAAAAUAUUUCAGGGAAAACUUAAGAAUGAACAAGUUAGUGAAGCACAUCAAAGUAAAGAGGGGAACACGUUUUGCAUGUUAAUAUUUAUUCAAAUAUUUGCCCUGGAAAACACAACAUGCUUGUCAAAGAAGAGAGGAAGACAUGCAUAAAUUGUGUGUGUGUGUGUGUGUGUGUGUGUGUGUAGCCUCCAAUGUUAUUUUUACUCAGAGUAAACCCAUGAAAAUAAUAGCCCUGGGUUAGUCAUGUUCAUUUGUUUCAAUGGAUCUCUGAGUAGAACUAAAUAGCACAUCACAACCCUAAUAGUAAAAAGGGGCUGUCUUUGAUUCCCACAGAACAAAGGUUUUGACGAAUGCUUUUUGGAUGGAUUUUCAUCCUCGGUGGAUUUUUAGCACCUGGUGAUACUCAGGAAUUCUAAGGACCAUCACCCCCAAUCAGUUUAGUCUGGGAAUCAAUAAUUAAAAUCAGUGCAGUUCAGAAAGGUUCAUUCCACCUUCUUGAUUCAAAAUGGUGUCCAAGUGUAUCCAAACCUAGAAAAAAGAAACCCAACCUCUUGGUUUCAGAAUCUAUUGUGCAAAAAUUGGCCAUGCUAUCUGAAGAGGUGUCCAAAUGCUUAGAGAACAGAUUAAAAAAAUACUUUCUAAAAUAUAUAGUAGGAGAUCUCCUUGGUUGACUGCCAUAGCUUUCCCCCCCUGCUUUGUGUGUAUUAUUGACUGAGCUUCAACCACUCUCUCUCUUUUUCCUCUCACUCCGUGAAUCUCUGUCUUUCUGCUGCCACGGCAAUGCUUCCUUGACCCUCUGCCUCUCAUUUCUAACCAUAGAUUGAGAAGUAACACUGUUGCGUCUCUCCUCAGUGACUGUACGUCAUCCGCACGUCGCGAGCAGAAGCGCGAACAGUACCGCCAAGUCCGGGAGCACGUGCGGAAUGAUGACGGUCGCUUGCAGGCCUGUGGGUGGAGCCUGCCCGCCAAAUACAAGCAGGUAGGCCUCGUUCACCGAGAGGCAAGAGAGGUGAAGUUCGGUUUAUUGAAUUUGUGGAAAUGUUUUCCACAACAACUACAAAAGUCCUGGUGUUGAUUUACAGCAAGCAUAAAAUGCAGUCAUUAAAAUACGUAUGCUGUAACAUCAUUGAGGCCGAGACGGGGUGUCCAAUCGUCUGGGCAACCCAGGACCGCCAUACACAUUGCCCAGGCUUGCACCCCAGGGAAGUCACUUCAGUGCUGCUAACUCAGUGGUUUGACUUCACCUCCAGAGGCGCAAUCCAUUGUCUCUUGAGACAGAUGGAUGCCAACUAUUAACCUGUUGGGCACUAUCAAAAUGGUCCAUUAGCAUAUGAACUAGAUAAUGUUAUAGUUGCCACAUGUGUGUUAGAUGUGUGCCACACUGUGUGUGUGUGUGUGUGUGUUAUUUCUCCUGGUUGGCCACUGAAAGGAGCAGGUUGUUGGACAAAAUGGCCCUUUGAUGUGCUCUUCUUAGUCUCUUACUCAGUUUGGCAGCUGGAAAUCACAUUUUGGUUGAGAGUUGAAUCACGCCCUGUCCUUUCUGUCCCCAAUAGCUGAGUCCCAAUGGUGGCCAAGAGGACAACCGGAUGAAAAAUGUCCCAGUGCCUGUGUAUUGCCGCCCACUAGUGGAAAAGGACCCUACCAUGAAGGUAAGUGUCACAUAUGUGCAAAAGCUUCCCAUUCCUUUUAGCAGAUAGUUCUGUCGUUGUUGAACGUUGCGUCACAGGUUCCGGCAUACCUUCAUGCGAAUAAUCUACUUGUCGAACAGAAGUGACGAAGAUGUCCCAACAGUUGACGCUCCCCUCCUGCCAAGCUUUUCAAGGCAAGGCAAGCUCACUCUUGGGGCUCUCUUGUCCUACAAGUCUGCUGUGCGCACACAUGAUGCACACUUCAUCUGGGAGGAUGCGUCUGAUUCCACCUGUGAAGGCAGCACUUGUUUCCUGGCAACGAGUCUGUGUGCUGCCCCUUUGCCUCCAGCUCCACCGCCAGCUCCUUCUCCACCCUCUUGCUGGCCAAAGUCCUCCUACCUCCCUGAUGAUGCUCUACAUUCCACCAGGGGCAGAGGAGAGCCAGCAGAUCUGCUUCUUCCUCUCUGACAUCUAGAGUUCCUAGGGGAGGAGCUCUCCUCUCCAUUCUCGGGUGCCAGCCUUACAGCACCCACCCUUUAUCUGCUCCUUCUCUGUUUUCCUCCUCCUGUUCCUGAUUUAUCUGGGGUUGCCAAGCCAUGCCAAAUUCUGAUGGAGCCAAGGAGCCUGCGAUGGGAGCUUUCUACACAGAUAAUAGCCCUGAUUUUGAUAGAUAUAUUCGUGUUUCCUUUUCACGGGCAUCUAGUAUGUUUCCCAUGCUGGUUCACAUUCCCAAGACUCCUCAACCUUUGUUGUGGAGGCCCAGUGGCACAGAGGUCUCUAGAGCUGUACCCUCGCUUACAGCAUUCCCUUAGGAUGGAUCAUUGGGUUUGUGCUGAAUUCUGAUCUAUUGCAGAUCAUAUUUGAGAAUGAAGACACUGCAAAGAUGAUCAAGACAUGCCAAGUGGCUCAUGUCUUUCUACCCCACCCCAUAAAAAAAACCUGCUCUUCUUCAAGCUCCUUUCUUUGCCUUUUUAGUUGUGGUGUGCAGCUGGUGUCAACUUGACAGGUUGGAAGCCUGUGGAACCAGAUACUGGAAAUGGGCAGAAACCAGAUCCAGGAUGUGAUCCUCUCACUUGCGACCGAGAAGCAGAAGGAGAGAGCACCAAGAGUAACCACACAUCGCCAGAAAAGAAAAAGGUUGGGGAAGAGAGCUGUCCAUUUCUCCCAUUUUCCUUCUUAUACAUUUAAGUGUGACUUCCUGAGCUAUUUUUCAUAAGCUGGAUACACAACAAAGCAACAAUCAUGCACUCUAACAUCAAUUUGGCAUUCACCAUGCUUUUUUAAUGAAGCAUUUGUGGUUCUACAGGAGAUAUAAGUACUGGAUGUAGUGGCUGGUACCUGGGCUGCACUUAGAUGAGAGAGGGGCUACUGUACAUUUUGAACAAGACGCAGAUACCAGCCAUGGGGCAGGGGAGCUAUUCUGAUCAGGGGCACAGUGGGGACAAAGGGUUAAAUCCCAGCAAUCCCUUUUUAUGGUGGGGAUCCCUCAGCAGUUAUUUAGAUGUUUUGAAUCCAUAGAAUUGCUAAUAACAUGAAUAGCACAGUCCUAAAAAUAACACAGAGGGAGGCGAUUGUAAAUCAUCUCGCCCAGAGACACUGGCAGUCUUAAACAUCUGUGAGACCCUGUGAUCAUGUAGAAGCCCAACAGGUAUGGGAAAUCUCAGGAACUGGGGCUCAGUGUGGCCCUCCAAGCUUCUUUCUCACACCAGCUACCCCUGCUACUCAUGCUGCUUCGCAUUCCUCGAGUGUUUUUGCCCUUGAGCACCAAUACUGCCUUUUGCUUGCCUGGAUGGAGAAACAGGUAUUUAGAAACAGCUGUACUGUACAAAGCUAACACUUAUAUCCAGUGCUCCUCCUAGUUUUACCCCUGGCCCUCUGAAGGUUGCCCAGAAAAGGAAUGCAGCCCUUGAGCUGAGAAAAGGUUCCCCACUCAUACCCUAGAGAUUCAUUGUGAAUAUGCUUUUGCACUCAGCGCCUCCCUGCCUCCCGCAUUCCAUGCUGGAGUGAGAGCCAGGUACUGAGACGAACUGCGAGUGAAACCUGUUCCCCGUCCCUGGGGUGAACUUGCAAGGAUAAUUACCCUCAAUCAUCCUUGUUUUUCCUUCGCCAACGUUCUCCCGCUGUCGUGGGAGCUGCCUUCAUUAAGGCAGACCGGAACCGGAAGCCUUCCCACCCGCCACAUUCUCUCCCUCUCUCUCGCUGCAUUUUUGCUGUUCUGCAGGCCAGAGAGUUGCACGAGAUGGAUGCCACAUCCAGCAGAGUGUGGAUCCUCACAAGCACAUUGUCUACAAGCAAAGUUGUGAUCAUAGAUGCCAACCAGCCAGGGACGGUGGUGGAUCAUUUCACCGUAUGCAAUGCUCACGUCCUUUGCAUCUCCAGCAUUCCAGGUAAGUGAAUGACUCAUCAUAGCAGUUCAGGUGCUGUUUCCAAAGCUGGCAAGCCCGCAGGGAAGGAGAUCGCAACCUAGAAUAUGAAAGGGAUCCUGCCAUUUCCACCCAUAAGGCAGGUAUUUUAAAAACCAUAAGUCGUGCACACUUGAAAUGUGGUACUGUAGUGAAUCAGGGUCUGUGUAUUGGCCCUGGGGCUGGGCUCUCUCAGCCCUGCUCUCACUUACUCAUCCACACACAGAGAGAUGUAAACAAACAUAUAACCUUUCUUGUAUGGGCAGAGGAGAAAUUAUGUCUGGUUAAGGGUUUUAAUGUGAACCUACAUAAUUUACACUUUCUGAAACAGUAUGCAGAUCAAAACAUGGCCUAUCCUGAAGAAAAGAAACAGAAACAUAGCUAUCUUUUCAAAUUUAAGCUCCUCUGAAUUUUGCUAUGCAGUUCUCUCCUGAAAAAAUGUGUUUAAAAAAUUGUAUGUUAGAGGAAAGGGUGCAUAAAAAUUAAUGAAAAUAACAUACAAAGCCCAUGUUUUGCAAAGAGUAUGAAUAUCAGUCAAAAGUGCAUGCAGAAUGUAUAUUAGGAGAAAAUUGCACUGAAAUGCUGCUUAGUUUUCCUGAGUACUCUUUUUAAAGAAAUGCACAUUAAAAAAAAUUACUGCAGAAAUGUGAACUUAAGCUUGGAAAAGUUAGAAUGAAAGAAAACAGAACUGAUGAAUUUGGCCUACUCCCUCCCAUACACAAAUGCGCACAUACACAUGCGCACACAGAGACUCUUCUCCCACACAAAAAGCCAAACCUCCUUAAAACAACAACCAUAAUAGAAAACAAAUGCUAGCAAUACUUGCAGCUGUCAGGGUAAAGGCCAAGCUAGACAUGACAUUAGGUGCGUGUUUGCAUUGAACAUGUACGUUUUUAAAAAUACAAAUAGUUGCUGUGGAACGGGGCUGAUAAUAGGAUUCAUUUUAUGAAACAAUGUGUUUCCUAACAGUUUUGCAGAAAUGUAUUGUAUUGGGACAAAAUUCCACGCCACAUCCCUUAUGAAUGUCAACGUAUAAAUAGCAGUCAUGAUUUUACUAUUGCUUUGGAAUAUACCAGUCAUCCACAUUCAUUCAUUCAUUUAAUUUCAUUGCCUGAUUGUUUCACAUUAAAACAUAAUGAAGCAACGUAACAAUAAUAAUAAAAAAAUUCAAGUCCAAUGCAGAUAACAGUCUGAGAUUAAAAAUCUUCACUUAAAAGACUUCAUGGGAAAGGAAGAUCUUUAGUAGGCAGAAGUAUAAUUUUAGCAUGAGCAAGGAGCAUUAUUGGAACUUGGCACAACUUGGCCUGGCAUGCUGAUAAGGCUGUUGGGCACAGACAUUGUAUUCAGUGACCCAGGAGGCUUUCCUUUCCCUUCUUUGCAGCGGCCUGUGACACUGACUAUCCUCCUGGAGAAAUCUUUCUGGAAGGGGACAUAAAUCCCGAAGAAUCCUCUGAAACCGAUGGCGUCUUGGCGGGCAUCACCCUGGUGGGCUGUGCGACCCGGUGCAAUGUGCCCAGCAGCAACUGCUCAUCCCGCGGAGACACUCCAGUGCUGGAUAAAGGACAGAGUAUGUCUCAGGUCACCAUAUGAGUAUGUCAGUGAAGGGUUGCUUCAGCCUUUCUUCUUUAAAUGCACCCAUUUUACAGGUUUCAAUGAAAAGGCUUCAGAUUCAGCUAUAUGGGGCAAACACAGAGCAGUCAAAUGACCCCAACAUGUAAUGAAAUCAUGAAGUCCACAAAUGUCUUUCCCAGUGUAAAUAAUGGGAACAUUUCCAGCUCAUCAGGGAGGAAGGAAAAAAGUUGGGGGAAAGGAGAAUGACAGGAAAGACAAAAGAAGGGGAGGAGCUGACAGGUGUGUGUGUGUGUAUAAAGCUUGAGUUUGACUGAAAUCUUAAAACAUGUUGCCACUACAGAGUAAGUACAGUGGUACCUCAGGUUACAGACGCUUCAGGUUACAGACUCCACUAACCCAGAAAUAGUACCUCGGGUUAAGAACUUUGCUUCAGGAUGAGAACAGAAAUUGCACGGCGGUGGCACGGCAGCAGCGGGAAGCCCCAUUAGCUAAAGUGGUACCUCAGGUUAAGAACAGUUUCAGGUUAAGAACGGACCUCCGGAACGAAUUAAGUUCUUAACCCGAGGUACCACUGUACUAUUAAAAGAUUAACUUCUGAGUAAACAUCACUGCCUUGAAUAGGAUUUAUUGUGAGUGCUGCUAAAAAGGCAGGUUAUCUGAAUUCAGCCGGGAAAUGACAAUAAAUCUUCUUUUCCUUCUGGAAAACCCCCUAUGUGGAAAUUAUCAUAAUUCUGUUCAGCAAUAUGCACCUUCACAGGGUGUUAGCCACAUCCACACCAUAUUGAAAGCACUCUUAUACCACUUUAACCGUUACGGCUUUCCCCAAAUAAUCUUGGCGCCUGUAGUUUGUUAAGGAUGCUGAGAGUUGUUCCCCCACAGAGCUGCAAUUCCCUGCACCCGUGACAAACUACAGCUCCCAGGAUUCCUUGGGGGAAAGCCAUGACUUUUAAAGCUGUUUAUGGUGAGGCGUCAGAGGUCCUUAUAUUUGUGGUGGAAGGAAAGGGACGAUGGAGUAGAGAAGGUAUGACAUCAACUCCAGCCAAGCCAGAUCCCAGUAGGAGAAGGUGCUGGCAGGCUUCAUAGUGAGGGGUGAAGCCUUAGGAUACACCUACCCAAUGCCCCAACGAGGGACUACUGGGUUGUAUUCAGCGGGGAAAUAAAAGUGUGAUGUGACACCCUGUCCUUCAUAAAAACAACUGUGGUUGCAAGCUAUGUGUGGGAAGGAAGAGAAGGGCAUGGAUACAGGGUCUUUGCGGGGAGGGGGGUUCCCAUGGAAGCCCAACAAGCAGUCAGCUGAUACUGCAGCUGGCUGUUCAUCUGAUGGACAUAACCUGCUUUCUCUGCAUCCCAUCUCUUGCCUUUUUCUUCUGCUUUCCUGCCUUCAGAUGAGGUGCCUGCCGUGAGCAAUGGCAAGAUCAACCAGUCCCAGUCCACCGAGGAAGCGACAGAAGCUACAGAGGUGCCAGAGAAUGGGGUACACGAAAUGGAGUCAGCCCAAGUCCGCCCGGGCCCCCUUACAGAACAUGUGUUUACAGACCCAACCCCAGUUCAAGUGCCUGUGAGGCAAAACAGGUAGGGGGAAUGCUCCUUAAAGCCUGCUCUUCCUUGUCUUGAAUGAGGAGGCUUAUUAAUUCAGGACAGACAAAAGAAAGUAUUUAAUUAAAGAAUUCACUCCUCCCAAUACAUAGCGAUGGCCACCAACCUGGGUGGCUUUAAGAGGGAAUUAGAUGUAUUCAUGUGGGAUAAGGCUAUCAAUGCCUAUUAGUCACAAAGGCUAUGUUCUACCUCUAGUGUCUGAGGCAGGGUACCUCUUAAGACCAGCUGCUGGGAGCUGCAGGACGGGGACAUGUUGUUGUACCCAGGUCCUGCUUGCAGCCUUCCCAUAAGCCCAUUAUGAGAAUAGGAUCCUGGGACGAGGUGGGCCUUGGGCCUGUUCCAACAGGGCUCUUCUUACAUUCCUAUCAGUUUUAUUGACAGCCCAAGAGAGGGGCCUGGAGAAAUCAUGUCAGUGCUGCUAAUGCAGCAAAAACAACACGGGAGGCAGUAGUUGCAAGUCUCUGCAGCCACAGCAGCAGCUGUGAUUCUCCAGCGGUCUGACUUCACCUCCAGAGAUGCUCUCUCUCCAUUGGAUUCCAGCAGUUUUUAAAACCAUUUUCCACAUAGCCUCCGAGGCAGCUAACAAACCGAAUGAAAAUGACACAAAACGGGGUGCAAAUAUUUAAGGCAGAACCAUGUUAAGAAUCGGUUAACAAACUUGCCUCUAGCAAAAGUAAUAUUUUUCAGUUUAUUGCCUAGCUCCAACCUGUAGUGUGUUUUCCCCCCACCCCCUCCACAGUGAAAACGGGCAGCCAAAGAUGGAGUCGAGCACAGCAGCCCAGGAGCAAGAGGCAAAUGGAAACGCGGCUGGCACUACCACAAGUGCUGCCCCUACCAUGUGGCUGGGAGCACAGAAUGGCUGGUAUGUCUCUCUAGCCCACAGUGGUGGCUUGGCGAACCAUUUGUAACGUUGGUCUCUAGUCUCCAGGCAAGAAGCAUUGAAAACAGCAUAGUGCAAGGCAGAAUGAUGGAAUAAUUGGGUUCAGAGCAAAAGCAAACGCCCCCCCCCCAGAUGAAAACACUUCUUAGCAGAGUUGGGGGACCUGUGUCAGUCUAGAUGCUGAUAUAUUCCAACUCCCAUCAGAGCUAGCCAGCAUGGGGGGGGGGGUUGAUGGGAGUCUCAGUCCAAUAACAUCUGGAAGAAAUUAGGUGUCCUGGCCAACCCCAUAUUAGAACUUGCAGGAGAAUCUGCCAGUAAUGUGACAAUACUGUCAUGAUCCAGCAUGGGGCCGAGAGGCCAUUCUGCAAACAAUCGGAUGUUGGGGUCCUGGGGUGCAAAGCUGGCUGUCAGUCCAGGGGCCCCAGAUGUGAGUAGUUUAGUCCCAGGCAAGUGGAGGCUGACUUCUGAAAGCAACAACCAGAUCAGGUGGGCAGGAAGGCUAAUUCAAGGCAGGCUGGGAGGUCAGAUAGAGGAAGCGUGACAUUGCACAGUCCAAGCAGUGAAGCACACCGCCCAGAACCGCUUUGAAGCAGAGGUUUCACAGGGCCUGGUAGAAGACGAUUGGUCAGCUGAUGGGCUGCUCAGUUAGGCUCCAUUCCUGGCAUCUCUAGGUAGGACUGGGGAAAUCCCGUCUGAAAUUGUGGAUAGCUGCUGCCAGUCAGUGUAGACAACACUGGGCUAGAUGGACCAAUGAGUGACACAGUGUAAGGCUGCUUUAUGGCCCAGUUUGGUGUGGGGCUCGGGGACUGUACUGCCUAACUAAACUACCUUUCCCCCAGGUUGUAUGUGCACUCAGCAGUCUCAAACUGGAAGAAAUGUCUACACUCAAUCAAGCUGAAGGAUUCAGUGCUGAGCCUGGUGUAAGUAGAGAUGCUGAACUUGGUGUCUAUGAAUUGAUACAUAACCAACUAUGGAUAUUCACAUCGUUUAGAAAACUUGCUUGUCAGUAGAGGGACUGUAUCUCUAUAGAAGAGCACCUGUGUCACAUGGAGAAGGUCCAGAUUCAGUCCAUGGCAUCUCCUGCUUUAAAAAGUGCCUGGUGGUGGUGGGUUAUGGGAAAAUCCCUCUACCUAAUACCUUGGAGAGCCAUCACUAGCUCAGAGCUGAUAGCAGCACUCAGCUGGACAGACGAUAUAGGAAAGCAGCUUUCUAUAUAAAGGGGAAAGGACCGCAGCUCAGUUGUAGAGUGCAUGGUUCUUAUGCAGAAGAUCUCGGGCUCAGUUCCUUCCUGUUAAAAGGGAAUCAGUUGAUGUGAAAUAUCUCUUCCUGAGACCCUGCCAGUUAGAGGGGAUGCUACUAGGCUAAAUAGGCAAAUCAUCUGACCCUGGUAGAAAGCAAUUUCCCAUGUUCCAUAUUUGCAUUAGACAUCAUGGAAUUUUAGAGUUGGCCCUCCGAGGGUCAUCUAGUCCAACCUCCUGCAAUGCAGGAAUUGUACCAUGGAACUUCAUUCUUCACCAAGAUUCCCAAAAUAUUUAAAUUAUGUAAACCAAGGGCUGAAGAGUCAUACCACCCAUCUCCCUGAAGAAACCAGAACCAGCAGAAAUCCUGCUCAGCCCCCAACAGCACAAUCUUCUGACAGUUCAAAAAGUCUUGCCAAUGACCCUAAGGGGCUAGAAACAUUUCUUUUUUGUUUUAAAUUGAGAGCUUAGAUCACCAAGACGUUCAAUUCAUUGCCUGUUUCCUGUGCUUGCAUGGUGCGAUCAUACAAUAUUACUGAACUCACAGCUGUUGUUCAUGUUCCUGCACAGUGUUAUUACAUGUCACUGCCUUGCUUUGAAACUAAUCCUCCCCCCCCCCAAUCCCAUGUACAUUCAGGCACGUGAAAGGACGUGUUCUAGUGGCCCUGGCUGAUGGAACCCUAGCCAUAUUCCAUCGAGGAGAAGGUAGGUCCAACAUUGUGGGGAAUGAUGUAGUUUUGCUGUAAAUCUGGGGAAAGGCCUUGCAGUCAGAUUUGGGAAAUCAGGACUGGUGGGAUUCAAAGGGACAAGUUUUCCUUCCAUGGAAGCUUUCCUCCUGGUUAGAGAAGUAGAGGUUUUUGGGGGUGGGGGAUAGGAUUUCAGUUGGAACCACACAGAGUCAAAGUGUUAAAGCCCUUCCUCCUGCAUACCACAGUUCUGAUCCAGCUACCUGUCCAGAGCAAACUUCCAUAGAAUCAACAGAAUUGCAGAGUCAGAAGGAUGCAGGAAUCACAGCUAAAUAAUCCCUAACAGAUGGCCAGCCAACCUCUGUUUCAAAACCUCACAUAUAGUUUGACCCUGACUUAUCUGCAUAUCUUAACUAACAGAACCUGGUAGUCAAAAGAGGUUUUAGUACAUGCCGCAGAAGCUUGGGAAAUCCCAGUUUUCCAAUGUACAAAUAUGAAACCGUUCUAGAUUUGCUUCUCCCCAGUCCAGCCCACAUGGGUGGAGGAGAGCAAGAGCACCCCUGCUUUGGUUAUUUUUCCUCCCCUGACCCUUGUUACUCAAGCAAGACUUGAACUGAAACAGGAAGCCCUCUUAUACUCCUUCCUGUCCAAGAGCAUCCAAUGGCCAGUGGUGGGCGGAGUCUGUCCAGGGUCUGAAAGUACUUCCCUGAGAAGCUGUCCCCUGCAGUUCAGUGGCUCACCACACAGAGCAGCGGUCCACAGAUCCCAGAAACACCUGAUACAUCAAGACCACUGAGAAUCAAACCAGUCCUCUCUACCCAUCUUCUUCCUUCUUUCCUGUGCGUUUAUCUCUAGACGGUCAGUGGGACCUCAGCAAUUACCAUCUCAUGGACCUGGGUCACACACACCAUUCUAUUCGCUGCAUGGCUGUGGUGUAUGACCGAGUGUGGUGCGGCUACAAGAACAAAAUCCACGUCAUCCAGCCCAAAACGAUGCAGAUAGAGGUAUGGCAAGGGUGUCUCUGAACGAAGGAACAUGGCAGAGAAUCUAAGAAUGCUUUCUAACUAAAAGUACUGUUGGGAUUGAAAGUGUUUAUUGGCUCAUUAUCAAUGAAGGCUUUGGGUGGCUAAUUCAUGUGAGCCUGUUUUAAUCAAAAAGGUCAAGAUUUUUACUGGGGAAACUGCAAUUUAAGGGCACCACCUUUUAUUGUUAAGAUUCUCUCAUUUGGGGUGAAGGAGGCAUCCAAUGGAAUUGGGUAGUCGGGAUUUGCCAAUGUGGUAGCCGUCUUACACCUGGAGAGACCUUCUCUGACCUCCACAGGCUUCCCUCCCCGGCUGAAGGAAGCAGGCAUGGUUCUCCCCUGUUUUAUCCUCGCAACAAUCCUGUGAGGUAGGUUAGGAGGAGAGAUAGUAAACAACCAGAUCCAACUGAGUUUCGGGGUCAGGGCACUGGACCCUCAGCCUGAGAAGAAGUGCUAUUUCCUGAAUGUCAUUUCCUGAACGACCACUCUGGCGACUAAGUAAGCGGGCAACCAUUGUGGAAACCCUGAGCACAUUUUCCUUUUCUCCAUGCCCUUUCCAGAAGUCCUUUGAUGCCCACCCUCGCCGGGAGAGCCAGAUCCGACAGCUGGCUUGGAUUGGGGACGGUGUUUGGGUCUCCAUCCGCCUGGAUUCUACGCUGAGGCUGUACCAUGCUCACACCCAUCAGCAUCUCCAGGAUGUAGACAUUGAGCCCUAUGUCAGCAAAAUGUUAGGUAAAUGAAACAGCACGAGAGACAGCCCUUUGGAGCAGGGGGGCGGACUAGUGCUGUUUGAAUGAAUGAAUACGAUCUUGGCCUUUUCAGUGACCUACACUACCCUAACUAACUGUUGGUGUUUCUCAUCCAGGCACCGGAAAGCUGGGUUUCUCAUUUGUGCGGAUUACAGCGUUACUCAUUGCUGGCAACCGUCUGUGGGUAGGGACAGGCAAUGGGGUUGUCAUUUCCAUCCCUUUGACGGAGAGUAAGUGGACUCCAUUUUCAUUUCUCCUGCUGUAUGCGUUUUUCUCUAUGUUUGAUUUUCUCAAACUGCAUUCCUCUCCUAGCAAGAGGAUUUUCCGUAUGUGGAUUCUAGCCCUUCACACAAGCUGACCCAAAUCCAGCAGACUUUGUUUUUAAAGCUUGCAUUCAUCCAUCUCUUAACUCGUUGCAGUGAAGUUUGCUCAACAAAUAUCCAUUGCAGAUUGUGUUAUCACAGAGGCAAACGUUAAGCUUACAUGCAAAUGCAUUUAAAGAAGACCUAUUGGUUAUUCUUUUUUUUUAUUAUUAUGAAAAGUGUCACAUCCAGUAUUAGUUCUACUCCGAGUAGACCCAUUGGCAUUUCUAGACCUAACUAAGUCAUGUUCAUUCAUUUCAUUGGGUCUACCCUGAGAAAAACCUAGUUGAAGACCACCCAAUGGGUCUACUCUGGGUGAAUGUUAGAUGGAUACAACCCCAGAUUUGGAAUGCAUGAUUUUGAAAGGAGGGCUAGUGUGGGAGUGUGCUUAAUUCCACCUCCCCAGUGUCUGAACGCACAACUGCUUUUCCCUCUGUAAGGUAUUUGAAUACAAACAUCUGCAAUGCCACAUGCAUAAUGCAAUGUAGAUUUUCUCUUUUUCUGUACCUGACUUCCCGAGGCCUUUGUAUUUUUCCAAUAUGUCUUUUUUGUGACAAGCUGCAGCUCACAAUGUUUUCAGAAUGGAGACCUCUGCAAAGUCAUUUAGCCAUGAGAUACCAGUGUGGUGUGGCAGCUGUGUGAGGUGGUGCAAAUAAUGUGGUUGGUCAUAGGUUUAGAGAUCUAGAGACAGCUCUGAGCACAAAGGUUCCCAAACUAUGGGACACAAACUCUCCGACAUCUGCAAAAGAGAUGCGUUGGGUUUUUUCUCAGACCAGAGAUGAAGUGGACAUGUAGUGGGAAAGAGUUAUGAUAUUGCUUGAUGGAAUUUGGGGCAAGGCAAUAAACUCCAAAAGAGCUGUUCCCAAUCACAGUAGACAGUCCUGGACUAGACAUACAAGUAGCCUGAACUGGUUGAAGGCAGCAUCCUCUGUUCCUAAAUCAUGAUGGAUUUGAGGCCUAAUGCCAGUUUUCUGGUCUUCUAUCAUUUGGCGAGUCCACUGGAAUGUGCCCUCCUGUCCUCAAGGGGGCAUGUGUUCAUCAGAGGAUCCAUGGAGAACAAGGGAUGGGUCCCAGUCCCUGCAUGUGGCUUCCCACCUCAGAGGCAACACCUAGUGGUGCAAAAUGGAGAUGCAAAGCAGUACUCUGGGUGGAUAAUUCUCUGACUUCUAAGCACCUGUUGCUGAGACAGCAUUUAGUAUCAAGUCUCUUAAUAUUUUAUUGUUAUUUGGCUGUAAUGCUGUGCCUCUUGUUAAAAGAAACAUAUUUUUGUAAAGGAACUAAAUGUCAAUGUGCUCCUUUUGCUGCUGCUUCCAGUAAUUGCUGUUUUCUUCUCUUCCCCAACUUGUGGCCUCUGUUCCUAUUUUCCCCUUCCUGCUCUCCCUCACUUCCUCCUCCUAGCUGUAGUCCUCCACCGAGGUCAGCUCCUUGGGCUCAGGGGUAAGUCCAAGACCUCUUUCCGUCUAGAUUCCAGAUGCCAUCCUAUAUCUAACCCACUGACUUCUCCAUCCUUUAAUCCAUCCGCUCACUUUUCUUCCUCUGCCUAUUCAUUCAUUCAUUCAUUCAUUCAUCUCUCAUUUUCAUUUGAAAUUGCCAAAAAAAUGUAGGAGUGGAAACGUUCUUGUGAAUCCGUGUUAGGAACGUUGAGCAGAUCAUCACUUCUGAAGGCCCCCCUUGCAUGUUAAAGUUUCAGACCCUUUCCUUUCUGUUUCUAUCUCGUGAUGAAAGAAGGUGAUGAAGCAGAAAUGUGGUCAUAUGCCUAGGAAUUCUUAACAUAGCUAUACAUUUAAACAGAACAACAACAACAACAAAACCCCACAAGUAGCACUUGUACCACUUCAGAAGACAGAGUGGAAAUUGUAUGUGAGGACAGUGACAUCCCUGCCACUGGCAAAACAGUGCUGAGCGCUCCUGGGUUUCCCCCAUUCCAAACAUGUCAAAUGAUUUGAAAUAUUUGAAAGUGCAUCCUUAACCCAGCCACUUUUUAUUUUGAAAACAAAGCUGAAGCUGACAUGGGGGCCCCAAUCUGGAAAAUAUCCCUAAUCCAGAUUGGGUGUCAGUUUCCUGAUUAUAAUCACUCCCUUCCUGGAUGUGAUUUGCCCUCAAAGGUACUUUUUGCAGUGAACUGUGCCUUAGGGUGGCAAAAAGCUGGGGUGAGGAGGGUAGAAUUUCAGCAGGAAACUCAUCAAGGUGCUUUCCAGACUGCAGUUGCUUUUCUUCAAAAAAUACAAGCAGCCAAUUUAAGCAUGCUUUUACAGACCCGCGCAUAAUGUAACUCUGGGUCAGUUCAAAAACCUCCUGCAGAAUAACCCUAACCCUCCCCACUGGCAGAGGAAGGGGGGUGCGGUGGGUGCGUUCUGCCCUGGGUGUCAUCCCUGAGGGGGUGGGUGACAUCGCCGCCCCGCCCCCCUGGGAUGCUAGCCCCGCCCCCGCAGUCGGCUAGCCCUGCCUCCGGGUACACAGUAUAUGCACUGCUCCAGGUGCCAGAGCAGCUAGCUCCACCUCUGCCCCUCCCCCACCUUCUUGGAGCUCUCCCUAGCAAAACAAAAGGGACAUUUUUUAAAAAAUUGAAAGCAAUGAAACCACUUCCAGACCAGCCACAUUUCUCUUUACAAGUGUUAAAUAUGCUUUUGGAAAUCUUUGUCUCAACUCAUGGAGCUGUACUUCCCAGGGUUCUCUGGGGAGAGAAGAGACGGAUUCUUUAUUAUGUGGUCUUAGUCCUGAUAGAACCGAACAAAAUAAAACCAGCAACCAUAUAAGUAGAAUAUCAUAACAUACAAAAUAUGUUAGACUGGGUUGUAAUACAUAGGUGAUAUAAAAUAUCAGGGAUAGCCAAGUCUGAUCCUUUUAGAAAAACUUGAUACAAGAGAGGAGAGAAACUGAAACAUAUUUAUCAACACACAGUGCUCAGUAGGCUCCAUCCCAGGAUAUGGCUCUAAGUAAAUCUUUUUAUACUAAUUACCCCCAGUCUGGGGAGAUGUUUAUUCUCCAGGAGAACACCAUAAGAUCUAAAAUGUACUAGCUUGAGCUACGAUCCGAAAUCUUAAAAUGAGAUGUUAUUUUUUUCAAGGGUAGGCGACAUUUUAAAAGUUGCUAGGAACAGACCAGAUUGUCAAGCCAGAUGUUACUGGACUUUCCCCUCCUGACAAUUGGACAGGAGAAGGAAUUCAUGGCGCUAACGCUUUGUAGGAUAAUUAAACCAGUUUAGCCAUGCGUAGUGCAGUCAGCCCUUACGUUUCCCCCUCCUUAUUGCUUGCUUUUAAUUUGUGUGUGUGUGUUGCCUUCAGCCAAUAAGACAUCCCCAACAUCUGGAGAAGGGAACCGGCCUGGUGGGAUCAUCCACGUGUACGGCAGCGACGACAGCAAUGACAAGUCUGCCAGCAGUUUUAUCCCUUACUGCUCCAUGGCUCAAGCCCAGCUCUGCUUCCAUGGUCACCGUGACGCGGUCAAAUUCUUUGUCUCUGUGCCUGGUAAGCAGAACAUCUAAAGUACUCCAUGAAUGCAAUUCUGUCAGUGCAUCGUUAUGCUGAGAGCUUAUUGUGAAACCUGAAGGCUUAUGCAGAAUUCUGAGGCUCUUUCCAUUGCAAUGGCCUUUCCUAUGAUGUUCAAGAACAUCUUAAGAAUCGCCCUGCUGGAUCAAGUCCAGGGCAUAGCUAUCUGGCCCAGCAUCCUUUUCUCACUGGGGUCAACCACAUGCCCCAGUGAGAAACCCAAAAGGACUUGAGUGCAAACAGCAUUCUCGCCAUGGGCGAUUCCCAGUAACUUUUGGGGCCAUUCUGCCAGUGACAUUGGACGUAAGACCCAUCAGGAUGAUAGUAGUGUUGAUAGCUUUAUCCUCCGUCAUUUUGGUUGCCCAAAGCUCAGUAGUAUAUCUCAGCUGCUCAGAACAAGCUCUGGAUUCUUUCAGGUAAUGUUCUGGCAACACUGAACGGGAGUGUGCUAGACAGCCCCUCCGAAAACCCCAGCACAGCCACCAUCGAGGCUGAGGGCCAGAAGCUGAAGAACGUCCUGGUGCUCAGUGGUGGGGAAGGGUACAUUGACUUCCGGAUUGGUGAGUUCUUUUACAUAUAUAUCCUCAUUGUGCAGAGCAGCUAUGAGUAAAGGACAAGCUAGCGCAGAGUGGCUAAGGAAGAAAUUUCUAUUAUUAUUUAUUGAAUUUAUAUACCGCCCUAUACCUGGAGGUCUCAGAGCAGUUCACAGAAUAAAAUCAAGAUAUGAAACCACAAAAGACCUAAUAAAAAUAAAACAACAACCCAAUAGCCUCCCCCCCCAAAAAAACACAUUUUAAAUCGGAUCAACCAAAAGCCUGGUUAAAAAGGAACGUUUUUGCCUGGCACCUAAAGGUGUGUAAUGAAGGCGCCAGGCGAACUUCCCUGGGGAGAGCAUUCCACAGAUGGGGAGCCACUGCAGAGAAGGCCCAUUCUCGUGUUGCCAACCUCUGGACCUCUCAAGGGGGCAACACACGAAGAAGGGCCUCAGAAGAUGAUCUCAGGGUCCAGGUAGGUGCAUAUGGAAAGAGGCGGUCCUUGCAGUAUUGCGGUCCUGAGCCAUUUAAGACUUUAUAGGUCAAAACCAGCGCUUUGAAUUGUACCCAGAAGCUAAUUGGUAGCCAGUGCAGUUGGACCAGGAUCAGUGUAAUAAUGCUCAAACCGUCUUGCUCUGAUGAGCAACCUGGCCACUGAAUUCUGCACUAGCUGAAGUUUCCGAACCGUCUUCAGAGGCAUAUCACAUUCAUAUGUACCACUUUAAGCGUGUCCUGUAGUUUAGGGGUUCUGAGUUGUCCUGCCGUUGUCCAUAGCUGGUGCAAAGAGCCCUGAUUUUGAUUGGGAUUGCGGCAGGGACGAAGGGAUGAAUGGCCCUUCUCUCCAUGCCAUAGUCCCCCUCUGAGUCAUACUUCCCUCUCACAUCAUCUAUUUGUUAAAAGAAAAAGCAACCACACCAUGGCAAACAUCCGUAUCUUGUUUGGCCCUUUGAGAGUUACAGCACAGGACAUCCUGCUUCCAUCCUUUCCUCUGCCACAGACUCAGCAGUUCCCCAACUCCCCUGCUUGCACAGACCACUUAGAAGUUGCUGAGAGUCUUGGUGGAUCACUUUAGUGAUUUUUUUGACCUGUUGUAGCAAUGGAAAUGUGCUGCGCUAAAUAAGGUGUGUUUUUUAAUUGUAUUUUUAAUUGCUUCUGUAAUUAUCUCAUUUCUUAUUGUACUACAAUAAAAAGAAGCAAUAAAACCACAAUUAAAAAUCAGUAUGAAUAUGUAAUGCAGACACACCAUGGAUGACCUGAAUCAAGCUUUCUGCUCAGGAGAACUAGAUGAAUUUAGACCUCUCCCACUCCGCAGCUCUCCAUUUGCAGAACUUGGAUAACUUGGGUCUACAGAGUUGGGGUAAAGAUUAUAAUGAUGUAUGCAAAGCACUCUCAGGCAUCUAAAGAUGCUAUGUAAAUGGUACCUAUUACUAAUGAUUGGGAGGCCUGCUUGGUGGAGCUUUGGUGCUUCCGUGUUCUUCUCUUCCAUUCAUUGUACAAGGUCUCUCCACAGGUGAUGGGGAAGAUGACGAGACGGAGGAAAACGCAGGAGAAGCCACCCAAGUCAAGCCCAUCCUCUCCAAGGCUGAACGGAGCCACAUCAUUGUGUGGCAAGUUUCCUACAUCCCCGAAUGAGCUACUCUUGUCUUUUCUUUUUCUGCCAAUUAUAACUCUCUCCCCUCUGAUCCCCCCAAACUCCCGGAAUGCCAGUAUGUACAUACCAGAACUCCUGCAUUUCUCCUACUGCUGGAAAACCGAGGCCCCAGACAACCAACCGCAGCAGCUCCUGCACUGGAUAGCGGCUCCCUCCCUCAUCUAACCUCCAAACUUGCAGCUUUCAUCUUGGGCCUGCAUGCUUUCCAAAACGGCUGGGUUACUGCCAGCUUUCCAAAGGGGGAGAACCAUGGCAAUGAAGGCCCCUCCGCCCCCAAGUGAGGCAACGAGAGAUGCACAGGCAGAGCGGACUUGGCUUGGACGAGGUUUUCAAGACGGUCCCCUCCCUCCUUCCUUCAUCUGCCGGCAGGGAAGAACUAAGAUGUUUGCCGGCUCUUGCCCCUGCCCACUUCACCACCACGGAGGCAUGCACUGGUCUGCAAACCAGGACUAGAGAGAUGGAUCCCAUCAUAACAAAGCGAACAUUCCAACCUCGUCUCCUUCGCUGUCUCUCUAUGGGACCUGCUCACAGAGGAUUAUCUGGGAUAAAUUGGGAGGUUGGGAAUCCAAAAGAACGUAUGGAUGCGUUUGGGAAGACUGUGGUAUGGAAGUCAACAGCGGGGUGUCAGUGCCCAGAGACGGACCACAGGCACAUGAUGGGCUUCCACCGCUGAAGCUGUUUAGAUCUGGGCCUGGGCACUUAAAAUCAUAACUCAAGUCGGUAGAGCAUGAGACUUUUAAUCUCAGGGUCAUGGGUUUGAACCCCACGUUGGGGUUUUGCAGGUGGUUAUGGUCCCUUCCAACUUUAUACUUCUGUGAUUCUAUUUAUGGAAGACCUCUUUGAGAGUCCCAGUGUGCCCAGUUCUGAACUCCUUAGAGGAAGGGGAAGAUUCAAGCCUAACAAAUAUCAUAGAUAAUAAUUCAGGUUAGAGGCACAAUUGGUAGACUUGAAGGUGGAACGGGCAUCUCCAGCUCUUUGUAGCAGUGGGUGGUGUGGGAUGGAGAGGAAGGCAAUAUGUAUGUUUAGCUGGUAUGUGGAGAGUCAUUGAAAGAACUGGGAAGUCCUCUGCUGUUGAAAGGCCACCAAGGUGUGCUUUGUGCUCCUUUACCUUGUGCUGCUCCACUAGGGCCCCAAUGGAGACUUGGGUGCUGCAACUGGCUCUCAAGAGGUAUUCAAAUGUAUCUUGCAGGCAAUUCAGGAAAGCAAGCAGUCAAGAUGGAGACUAG